ACUGUGGUGGGCGGGGCGAGGCUCGCGCUGCACCGCCACUGAGUUUGUUAGUUUCCUUAAUGUAGCGGAUCUUGGUGUGUGUGUGUGCCUUCAGGAGACACUUAGAGAGGAAACUAGUGUUAUUUACUGAAGCAGCUGGAGAGCGUAGUGGUAAGUCAAGCGAACUUUACUGUUUUUGUGUAUAAAAUGUUCUGUUUUCUCUUGAUCUUCCUGAGCUCCAUCGACUGACAAGAGUCACUACAGGGUUUCGUUGUUCAUGUUAACACAUUGUAGCCUGGCCCUUUUGAAGCGACAUUUCCAAAACAAUCUGAGGCACGACAGCUCAAGCUCUUUCCACUAACAAUUUUAAUAAUGUACAGUGUAAUGUCAACAUUUGUGUAGGUAGAGUUUAAAAGUGCUCAGUGUGUGAGUGUGUGAUAGAAGAGGUAACGGUAUUGUAGAUAUGAUGAGUCGAGGUGCUUUGAUAGAGAGCUUGAUAAAACUUUGAUAAACACCGUUAGCUGUGGUUUACUUUCUCCAUUGUCUCCUACUAUGAUGUACUGUUACAGUAGAGUCUGGUCUAGGUGCCCAAGAACAAAGUGCUGUAUAUCCGUGAUAAAUAUUUCUGUAAAUAACUGUACAGAGCUGCUUUAACCAAAAGUGAUUUACACUUCAGCUCCUAUCCCACAGGAAUGUGACAGCACCAUAACUUCAUAGCAUUAAAUUCAUUAAAGCUCACAUGAGGAGUUCUGAACUAGUUAUGAAACAGGCUGAAAUUUUCAUGGAUGUCUCUUAAGCAGAUGCAGUGGCAAACCAGACCAUCAGUGUAAUGAUGAGCUACUGUGAUAUAGGCAAAGCUUGAUGACAACUUGAAACUUCUUCCACAGAGUAGGUGUCAGGUCAGACUAAUAACAGCAGACUGUUUACAGCCUGUUUUGGCAGCACAGAUUAACAAUAAGACACACGUUUGAAUGUCAAAAGAAAGCAUUUUAAACUUGAUACUCAAUUUAAUGCCAGACUUUCACUUGUGCUAUGUCGGCUGCAGAUCCAACCAUAUAAAGACUUUUAUAUUGACUCGGAGUAAAGUCACUCACUCAUACGGUUUAAUCGCGAUAUGCGAAACUAAACAGCCGCGAUAAUGAAAUGGGAAGGUACUGUAACAAUAGUUCCACAAUUAUAAUUUAAAGACGAGUGUCAGCGUCACUUAGCAGAGGCAAGUGAAGCCGAGUACUUACCAACCUAACCCGCUUGUAGUCUUACCCACGGUGUCAAAGCCUCGGUAGCAAAAUGUACUAACAAGCUACCACAAAAGUAUUCCGAAAUCCAAAAAAACUCUCGAAAUAAGUACAUAAAUGCCAGCCUAACAAAAACGGGAACAUUAUAAGAGAGAAUGAAGAAAUUUUACAACAAAACGCAUGGCCACCCACAAUGCAUUGCGGCCACUCUAAGCACUGUUGGUCCACAAUGCAUCCCAUCCGCUCAUUAGCUUCUUAAAGUAUAUGAUCUGAUAUUUAAAAAAAAUAUCAGAUCUGAUAUUUAAAAAAAACACGAGUAUUAGAUCAUGACAACAUGUCAAAUGGAGCAGCAAACCUUCGUUCUGUUUUAAUGUGUCCCAAAAAUGCACAUACAGAGGUGUACUUGGGUACAUAAACUGUACAGUAAGCUGUCAAGGUAGAGAGCAUUAUAUUUUCGGGACAGCAAAUAUUUCGAAUCAGAGGACGACUUUUUUCAGCUUAUCUGAAUAGUCUGAAUGAAAUCAUUAAAGGCACACGCUUUUGAAUCCACCCAACGGUAAGGAAAACUUUGAUUAUUUCACCUUGUUAUGUACUUUUAGCCGCGCUCCCGUCAGGGGUGCAUUCAACGGCAGGGUUGCAUUUUACAGCAAAACACCGGAUCAAGAACAGUCGGAGACUGAGAAUGACGAAACACCUUGGCUGUAUCCUCCUAUUAAAAAGGUUUCGUCUGCAGUAUGGACGUUUUACAGCUUCACAAAACAGACGAAGCAGGUAAACCUGACAACAAUCUGCAGGUUAUGCCGUAAGGAAGUUGCAGCCCCAUUGGCUAACACUUCAAACCUACGUGCCCACCUCCGUGAACACCAUCCAGCAUCGUUCGCCCAAAUCAAGGUAAAAACAACAUGACCGCAACAAGUUUGGUCCACUCUACUGUUUAUUAUUGACAACGUUAGUGACGUUUCAUCUAACUUUAGCUCCAAAAAGCUAAUGCUCCCAACGUUGCAUUAGCUGCCUCUUGCUCAUAUUGUUUGUGUGUGUCCUGCUGUGCACAGAGGAGUGAUUUCGCAGUUUUUUGCCAUUUUUUAAUAACGUUGAAAGCAAUGCGCUGAUAUUGUGAUCAUAUCGUGAAUCGUGAUAUUUUGGGCCACCAAUAUUGUAAUAUCAAAUUUUUCAUAUCAGCACAUGCCUACUGUCAAGCUUGACAGUCAUUACCUUAUGAGUGCCAGACCUCUUUCAUGAUGCACUUGCUCUCUCCCUCAACCUUCAGACACCUUCUCCCCCCUGCUGCUCUGCCUGCUCUCCCCUCUCUCCUCCUGCUCCUCUUCCUGCUCUUCUGUCUCCUCCUCUUUCUGCUCUCCCCUCUCCGUCUCCUGCUCCUCUCCCUGCUCUCUUCUCUCCUUCUCUGGCUCCUCUCCCUGCUCUCCUCUGUUUUCCUCCUGCCUCUGAUUUGCAAAAACUUGUGAAAGAGAUCUGAGAAGUGUCAUAGCAGGUAAAAGUUUUUUAGUUUUUCCCAAAGGUUAAAGCUGGUUGACAGAAACUGUGGCCCAGUUUCUGAAAACUAAACCCAAACGGAAAACAGUGAAGUACUUUGUCAAAACUCAACAAAUCCUCUACAAAAUAAAAGGAAACACUUAAAACUAUGUUCUCUGCUCAAAACUGAUUCCUUCCUACAAAAUCAACCACAGCUAAGAGCUGCUGCAGAGCACUGAACCAUCUCUAGUGUAUAAAAGGACCCCAUCAUCUUCAAGUGUUCACAUAUGAUUUGUCUUUAUGAAGUCUUGGUACUGAAUACAUGCAAGUGUGUGGAAAUUAUCUAACUCCUCACAGGAGCUUUCAAAUCAAAUCAAAUUUGAUUUAGCGCCAAUUUGUAACAGUUGUUAUCCUAAGACACUUUCCAAAGAAAAAGAGCAGGUAUAGACCAUGCUCAUUGUUGCUUUAAGAGUUGUGUGUGUAGUUCAACCCCUUUGUUUGUUUGAAAGUGGAAAAAUAUGUACAAUUUUGCCAAAAGAGUGAUGAGUUCAAUAAAUCAGUUGAGAUUACUGACCAUUUGGAUCACCGGUAUUUGUUCAUUCAUUGUAGACAGUGAUCUCUGAAUAAGACUUAUGUACAGUGAGUCCAAGAAGUAUUUGAUCCCUUGCUGAUUUUCUUUGUUUGCCCACUAAUACAGAUGUGAUCAUUCUGCACGUUUAAUGGUAGAUGUAUUCUAACAUGGAGAGACAGAAUAUCAAGACAAAAAUCCAGAAUAUAACUUUAAAGAAUAUAUUUUAAUUAAUUUGUAUUUCAUUGAGGGAAAUAAGUAUUUGAUCCCUCUAGCCAAACACACUCAAUACUUAGUGGCAAAGCCUUUGUUAGCAAGCACAGCAGUGAGACGUUUGUUGUAGUUAACCACAAGUUUAGCACACACACCAGGGGGAAUUUUGGCCCACUCUUCUUUGCAGAUCCUCUCUAAAUCAGGAAGGUUAGUGGGCUGUCGCUUGGCAACUCUGACCUUCAGCUCCCUCCAUAGAUUCUCAAUCGGAUUGAGGUCCGGAGACUGGCUGGGCCAAUCCAUGAGCUUCAUGUGAUUUUUCUUGAGCCAAUCCUUUGUUGCCUUUGCUGUGUGUUUCGGGUUGUUAUCAUGUUGGAAGACCCAACCACGGCCCAUUUUCAGCUUCCUGGCAGAGGGGAGGAGGUUGUCCCUCAGGAUUGUACGGUACAUGGCUCCAUCCAUCUUCCCAGUGAUGCGGUGAAGUAGCCCUGUACCCUUGGCAGAGAAACACCCCCAAAACAUUAUGCUUCCACCUCCAUGCUUGACGGUGGGCACAGUGUUCUUGGGGUCAUAGGCAGCAUUUUUCUUCCUCCACACAUGGCGGGUAGAGUUGAGGCCAAAAAGUUCAAUUUUGGUCUCGUCUGACCACAGAACCUUCUCCCAAUAACUUGGUUCAUCUUUCAGGUGAUCAUUGGCAUACUUAAGGCGCGCCUCCACAUGUGCCUUCUUGAGCAGGGGUACCUUUCGGGCACUGCAGGAUGUUAAUCCAUUGUUGCGCAAAGUGUUGCCAAUUGUUUCCUUGCAAACUGUGGUCCCAGCUGCCUUCAGGUCAUUUACCAACUCCUGACGAGUGGUUGCAGGAUGAUUUCUGACCGUUCUCAGGAGCAUUGUCACCCCACGAGGUGAAAUCUUCUUUGGAGCACCGGGCCGAGGUCUGUUGAUGGUCAUGUUAUACUCUUUAAAUUUUCUAACAAUUGCACCAAUAGUUGUUACUUUCACAUCCAACACCUUGCUAAUCUUUUUGUAGCCCAUUCCAGCUUUGUGGAGGUCAACAAUCCUGACUCUGAGGUCCUGAGACAGCUCUUUGGUCUUACCCAUGUUGGAGACUUGAAAUCUGUCAGAUUGUCUGAUUCUGUGAACAGGUGUUUUUCACACAAGUGAUUAGUGAGAACAGGUGGCUUCAGUUCAGGUAACAAGCUGAUUGGGAGUGUCUAACUGGUCUGUGAAAGGCAGAACUCCUAAUGCAUACUGAGGGAUCAAAUACUUAUUUCCCUCAAUGAAAUACAAAUCAAUUAAUAUAUAUUCCUUAGAUUUUUUUCAGGAUUUUCUUUUUGAUAUUCUGUCUCUCCAUGUUAGAAUGCAUCUACCAUUAAAUGUGCAGAAUGAUCACAUCUUUAUUAGUGGGCAAACGAAGAAAAUCAGCAAGGGAUCAAAUACUUCUUGGACUCACUGUACGUCUCAAUGUUCACUUUAACCUGUUGAAUGAUUUGGCAAAUUGUGUGUAGAUAAGUUUGGUCAUGGUGCUGAAUAAACAAUUUUAAGCUAGAGAAAAAAUGCUCCCAGGAAGAGGUCAUCCAACACUAUCUCAAGCACUAUGGAUGGAGCGAUUAGAGCAGUUAUGACAGCUCUAAUCGCUUAGUUAGAUAAACACACUCAAGCAGCCGUGGCCAUCUUGUCCUUUCAGAAUGAUUAGCUAUAAUAAUCACAAAAUCUGAAUCAAUUUCUUUCAGUGUGUAUUUAUGUUAUCUCCAGAUGAACUGAUGAUAAGUUUGUGGUGAAUAAUAAACUGCCCUCUUGGCAGGAAGUACCACAUAAUGUGUGCUGGUGCCGUUCAUGUUCAGCUGCUCACUAGUGUGACAGCCUUAAACUGAUAAAAGCAUAACUCUUAUUAUUUGUAGGCCUGUUAUUGAUAGUUUCUCUGUUAAACUCAGUGGGCUAGGUAUUGGGAUUUAGAACCAAAGCGACCUAUUUGCAGGUAUGUUUUGCAGAAAAAAGGGUCAUACCCACACAUUUCAGCUACAUGGUCUCCAUGUUUUCUACCUUUCAACAGCUUUGGAUUUCGGGCAUUAUCUUACUUGUGUUUCCAGAGCUAACUCAUACCCAGCUGCCUCUCACAGGAAGCAUGUAGGCCACCAUUUCAACCAGCUGCAUGGCUGUUGUCUGUCAUGUCAAUCUCACUGGUCAAAAAGGAGAGAUUUAAACAUGAUCUUUUACCCUCUCCUUUCUUUUGAUCAGUUGAUUGCAGCGUGUCUGUCUCCAUCUUUUGGGGUCAGAUUGGUAUGUUUGGUACAUUGACAGAAUGGUGCUAAAAAGAAGGAGCUGCACCAUACAGGACUGCUUGGUGGAAAGCAAUUUUUUUGCAAACACUUCUAACUAUGAACAGUAACUGUCUCUGUUCCUGAAAAAUGCAGGUUUGUAAAGGAGCUCAUCCUACCAACCAAGAUGGAAGGCAGUUACAGAAUAGACAGAGCGUACCUGUCCCAGGAGUUCAGGCCUCUGUGGUGCUCUGUAGCCUUUUCCUGCUUGUUGUCUUCAUAUUUCAUUAGCAGGCUAGCAGCAUGUAGCAUCAGCUCCAAUUAUCCUCCCUGUCAUCGGACUGACAGUGGCUGUCUGCUGGCUUUAGCGAUUACAGCCUACAGGGGACAGGUAAUCAGGUCAUGGAUCCACUGCCACCCUGUCAGACUGCUGAGACCACAGGGAGCAGGAGGGAUGAAGAACUCACCCAUCUCUGCUCAUAAAUCUAUUUUUGUUUUUGUCUAUGUCUGCAGCUCCUUUUUUAUCAAUACUGUAUGGGUUACAUUCAGAUAUUUCUGUAUGUUAACCACCUUCUGUAACAUUCACAGGUUUACAUUAUUUGCCUAACAAUUCAUUAUAAUUUCUUUGAAUUAACACAGUAGCUAUUUCACAUGAUAUGUGUCCAACAGCCAAAUACUUAGGCCUGUCACGAUAACAAAUUUUGCUGGACGAUAAUUGUGCCAUAAAUUAUUGCCGAUAAGCGAUAUUAUUGACCCCGUUUUUUAAAUUAUAGAUAGUGAUAAUAUAUGGCAUAAUAAUGCGAGCACACCAUGUCAAAAGUGAUAAACUUUAAUUAGUCAAGAUUAAGAACUUUGAAAUAAGAUGAACAAAUAUAAUAAACAAACAAGACAACCAAAAAACAAUGAAAAUAAAAUGGACCCACAUUCUGUUUUAUCAAAAACUGCAUUCAAAUAAAAACCACAAUCACAACUACAAACAAUAGUUGGUAAGGAACAAAAACUACACCCCACACAUUACUAUUAAAACAAAUAAAGUGGACUCUCGAGUCUGUAAACAAAAUUGCACUAAAUAAUUAGCAUUGGGUGCUAUUCCUCAACAGGUAAACAAAGAACAACAUGGAAACAUAAAACUGCAGGCUAUCCAUAGGCCAUAUAUGGAAAUCUCUAGUUUGGCAUAUUUUGUGAAAGGAACACCAACAUGCUGACCUUGUUUGGUUUAAGGCAGGAUCUCGCCAGAGUUGCUAUGUUGCCAGCUAUGCUAAACAUUCUCUCAGAGCUGGUGCUUGUUGCACAAAUGCACAUGUAUUUUUGUGCCAGCUUGGCCAUCAACGGAUAUCUUCUCUGAUUGUCAUGCCACCAUAUUAAAGGAUCAGAAGAUGCUUCAAGUACAUCUUCCUGGAGGAAUUUGGUCAGCUCUGCAUCAGCCUGCACUCUUUUUGGAACUGCAGCCUGGGUCCGUCUUGUGAAGAAUGUCACUCAGCCUUUUCUUCUUUGUGGGUGCCAGAAGUUCAUCCUCAUUUCCUCCAGCGGCAGUUCUGCUGCAGGUCACACCACUGGUACCUUCUCCACCUCCCUUGGGCUCUUUUAAGUCUAGCAGCUCUUGCACAAGCUGAUGUUUGACAUCAUCCAGUUUGUCUUCCAUGGUGCCACGAUACCUUGGAUCCAAGAUGGUGGCCUUUAUUAGGAGGAUUUGAAUUGCAGGUGAGCAGUAUUUUUCAGUCAAGACCCUGCACAUGUUUUCUUAAACAUUGGCCGUCAGUUCGGUGUCAUCGCAGCUUGGAGAGAGAAGGUCGCCUUUAAUCAGUUCCAGCACAGGCUUCACUGAGGACACUGUGACAUAUUUUUCUCCUGAGAGGAUGUCAGUGAAAUCAGACAGUGGCUUCAUAGCUGCAUUGAUGGACUUCAGCACGGAAAUAUCCUGCCAGGUUGGGUUGAGGUGGCCAUGUUUCCCUCAACGAGGACACGUCUUAUGGCUGGCAGCUGUUCCAGGAACCUCUCUACCAUCUUCUGUUUAGUACCCCAACGUGUUGCAACAUCCUGGAAAAGAGUUAACAUUUGUUAUUUUUCAGAUAUCUAAAUUUUUAAACAAACAAGUUUCUUUUUCCAUUCCCGCUAUUUACCAUAUAUAUUGAGAUACACACACACACACACACACACACACACACACACACACACACACACACACACACACACACACACACACACAGUGUUCAUAUUAAAACUAUCAAUGACUUAAAUCACUCACCAGUAUGAGACUGUGUUGUGGAAGAUUGGCCUCAGUCUGUGCCUUCCUCAGGUCUCUUUUCUUAAUCCAACUCAAGUUAAAUGUGUUCACCAAACUCCUGCAGAGGCCUAUGGCACGGGCUGUCUGGUCUUUGUUGCUGUUCAGACCAUGGGACACAGCAAGAUGGAGGUUGUGCCCAAAGCAAUUAAGCCAUGUCCAGCCAAGAUUUCUUAUUGCGACCACAAUUGUCUGUAGUGAUGCAGACUAGCUUGUCAGCAUCCAGUCCCCAGUCUGCUAAAGCAGACUUAAGGUUUUCUCCCAGGAUGUCAACUGUGUGAUUCUCAGGCACAUACCUUGUCUCUAAACACUUGGAGGACAAGGUCUGGUCAGCAGUUAUGUAGUGUAUGGUUAGACUCAUGCAGGGGGUCAUGUUUGAGCUGGACCAUAUCUGUGGUGAAAAUGCAAUGUUUUUGAUGUCGUCCAGUACAUCCUUUUUCACUCUGUUAUAGAGUCCAGGAAUUGCUGUUUGUGAAGUGUAAGUUUUUCCAGGCAAUUCGUACUGUCUGUCAAAUGUUUGUAACAUUUCUCUAAGUGCUGGCUUUUCGACCGUACUGAAUGGUUGCAUUUCUUUUGCAAUGUAGUGAAUGACGCUGUCUGUCAGCGCGCACCAUUUUGCACUGUUUUCUUUAUAUUUGCUUUGCUUACCAAACGCUUCAGUAAGGGGUACCUGUUGGGACGAUGGCUCCGCAGCACCUCCGUCGGUACUUAUAUUUCUCAGUUGGGAAAAAUGGCGGGGAUGAUUGUGCUUGAGGUGUGCAUGCAUGUUCGUCGUAUUCCCCGUCUUUGUCACCACAACUUUCAAACAAAUGCAACAUAUUAGCUCGUCUGUGUUCGUGGCCUCACCUCUUUCAUUUUGUUUGAAACCGAAAUGUUCCCACACUGGGGCUGUUGCAUUGGGCCUAGACACCAAAGCUGUCGUUUCAUCAUUCAUUGCGUUUGCUCGCUUUUCACUCACAGUGCUCACUUGAAGCACUGUGUCCGUAAGUCUGUGUGUCUGUGUGCACCAGACUUUUAUCACCAAAACAACCAGCCAAAACAGAUGUUCUGAUGAGGCAAGCAAAAACUGCAGUCAGCACGCACUUCUCUGGAUGAGAGCCAACAGGUCUGCAGUCUAAACAUAUUUCAAUACAACAGACAACGAUUUUGCAUAGUGUGUAAUGCUGAAAUCUCAAGAGGGGGUGCACUUGCAAAGAGUUCCUCAUGUCAGGUUAAAUUAAUCACCUAAAAUCCAAACAUCCCAAUCACCAUUCUGAAUAUGAGAAAAAUGCGGCACAGACCAGGAAAAUACGGAUGUUGUAGCCGAAUACACAAGCAGAUAAUUUAUGCAAUUGCGAUGUCUUGAUUUUAGUGAAGUUAGUACACAGUCAUAGCCAUAAAUGCCAUGGUGCUAACAAUUGGCAUAAUAAUUUCUUUCAGUGUUUUCAGUUUUUGGCCUUGGUCUCCUUGUUUUUGGUUUGGUCAAGAAUUUAAUUUUGGUGCAUGCCUAGUUAAAACAAAUAAAAGCCCCAACCUAUAUUUAGGGAUUUGCAGCAUAAUUUAAAUUUGUAUAUAAUUAUCAAGUUAUAAAACUUGUUUUGUGUGUGCUAUCUUAGAAUGGGCCUUCUAUACAUAUAUUAGAGGCAGGUCCCCUUUCCUAGAUGCCCCCAACUUGCACUGUGCCACCUUGCACUGCCGUGUUUCUACCACAACACAGAAUGGAUAAACUAUUGUAGGGUGUGCAAGAGUAAUAAACAUUCAUAUUUCUACACACUGAACCUUGAUUUAUGUGUUUCUAGCAGCUUGGCGGACUGGCAGCUGAUGUCUCACCUUCUCCAGACUGGAGCAGUUUCUAAAAAUCAUUUUGGGUCCAACUAUUUCCAUAUUAUCACAUUAGUCUGUAAAUGUUUGCGUCAGAUAGAAGAAAAUGCCGUGUUUGUACGAUGCUCAUUUUAGAGGGCAGGUAAGUACUGUUGUGGAGGUCAAGCUUGGUAUCAUGACAGUCUCCUUUGUCAGUGAGGUUCCUCUGUGUGGCUGUGUGGAGUGUCUGUGUUCCCUCCUGGUAUUUCCUUCCCCUCCUAGUUUUCCUAAUGAUAGAAUUUUUGGGGCCUUGUGGUAAACAGAAAUAGCAACACUUCUGAAGGACAGGCUGCUCUUUUUGCACCACAUGCUAAAAAAAUUGAGGCUGCACUGCGUGUGUGUGUUUUAUUGAGAGGCUAUUUUGGGUUCUCAGCCACUGACUGACUGACUGACUUAGCUUUUUUUUAAUUAGCUUGCUUUAGCAUUGAACAUGCUAAUGCAGACUGCCACUGUGUGGACUUAGUGCAUAUCUGAUCCACUUUGGUGAGCUGAGGCGAUGCACAGCCGAAGCAGAGACAUGUAUCACACUGAGCAGAGAAGAUGAGAGCUUUAGCUGACUUCUGACUGUGAAGGUUGGUGGUUGGCUUGUUAUGUGUCCUUCUUAAUGCUAACAUGCAGACUGAUGUGAUUAUGGAACAGCACAGGCUUGUUUCACUGAAACAAAAUCUCGCUGGGUUCAAUUUUCCGAGUCACUAGAAAUGACUACAUUACGCUAGCAUGAUAUCAGAUUUGGAGAUCAUUUCUUCAAAGUUUCACUCAUAGUUUCAUGGCAUCCAAAUGCUUUAUUAAUUACAGAUGAUCUCCACACAAACAAUUGUGUGUUUGAAGAGAAAAACAAUCUGCUCUGUGUGGGAGAAGUUCGUAACCACUCUAAUUUGAUAUCCAAAGUAAUGAAACAAGACUAACACAGUCAACAUUUUUGUUGGUUGCAGAUAGAGCUUACAUUUUAGAUUUGAAUUUUUCAAUUUCGCUUUGAUCUUCAAGAAACUCAAACAUAAGUUCAUGUUCUUUUCAGAUUCUUGGAGGUAAAGAGAAAAGCACUACCUGAAAUAUCAUCUCUGUCAAAGUCUGUUAUCCUGUAACAUUAUAAAUUAACCAGGACACUUGUGGAUUAAAUCUCGAUGUGCAAAAUGAUGCUAGUUGGGGUAUUUCUUGAAAUUCUUGCAGCAGCUCCAGCAAAACCUGCAAAAAAGAGUUCUAAUAAAUUUUUAAUCACAGGCCAUCCUUUUCUGACAUAGUUUGACUGACUUGUGUCUCUUUUUAUUAAGGAUGUGAUAAAAAAAAUCUCAGUUUCUCAUCUAAUCUCAUUCAGCUGUGUUUUUUUUUAGUCUCAUAAAAAAUGUUAUGUUAUUCAGGUUUUUAAACUAUUGUGAACAUUGCAAUCAUGGUGUAAUUUUAAUAGUCAAUCACAUUAUAUCUGAUUUUUAGUCUCAUGUUUAAAACUCAGACUUUUACGAAUCUUACCAGUGUCUUGAUUCAGGAGUAAAAUGACUGCAGUAAAUUGGACUUAAUGAUCCUGACUUUGAUUCAUUAUUCAAAUUAAUGCUCAACACUAAACCUUAAUGGAAAGAAAAAGUACUUGUUUGCGGAAGAGAGUUGUUUUUCAUUCAUUAUCAUGAAUUUAUUUUUCAGAAGAACAUUGCCCCCCCUACUAUUGUUCCUCUGGAUGCUUAAGUAUGUCACGCAUAACAUGCCAACCCGAGAGCCCCCCUUAGACCCAAGUCCCUCACAAUGAUAAUCUGUCUGCGGUCAGUGGAAAACUAUGAAGCAUUUGCUGUAGCCAAAGACCUUAGUGAAGUUUCAUCCACAGGUUUGUGUAGAUUUGUUCACUCCAUUAGAGUGCUCGACUUGAGUUUGUGAUGCAAUUGCUCACCGACAGUCUGAUUAGACCUGUAUGGAUAAACUCUGAGUCUUCUUUAACAUUUUAGUUUUCAAGUGAAAAGUGGUUUACAAUAAUGGUAGGAAUUUUACCACAGUGUGCUGUAAAAGUCAAAAAGGCUUGGAUGAAAAUGAAUUACCAAAUAAAUUAGCGUUAAUGUCAGACCUGAACCACUUUGCAUUCAGAGCUCUGUGACUUAUUGAUACAAAAGACAGGACACUCAGACCCCAUGAGUCCCUCUUCAGCAGAUUAUUUAUGAAAAUAUUCAGAGCUGCAUGAUGCAGUCUUGGUUUUAAUGAUUGAGAUGAAAUGGAGGCGGUGUUGUUGAAAGGUCAGAGGAAAUUUUAAGUUUAUUUUGUCAGAAAUUUUCCUGUUGUCCUCCCCUCUCCUCUCCUGUUCUCUCCUCCUUUUGAAUAAAAAGAGGAAAUCUCUUGGACUUGGUUUCUCCCUCUUCAGGGUCAUUCAGGUAAUCAGGCCUGAGCUGUUCCUCUUAGAGCAGCCAAACCUCUGGCUGCCUCCUGUCUGACCGCCAGGCCACACACACCCACACAUUUGAUGCUAAAAAUGCCUCUGAGGAGCUCAGAAAUUACGCUCAGUAAAUACAGAAAUCAAAUAAAACAAUUCCCUAAAUAUUAGCCCAGCAAUCCACUUUCCUGCACUCCUAUAAAACUGCCUUUGUUGCUCACAGUAAAUAGGUUUCCCUGCGUCCUGCCAACUCAAACAGUACUGUUGGGUCAAUGGCGGUGUGGUUUGGCUUAAUUAAACUCAGUGUUGAUUCACAGAGACGGGGUCCAGACCAGCGUGUGGUUUGGGUCAACUCAGAGUCCCGCCUCUGCUGAUAAGUGCCAACACUUCAUUAAUGCUGCCUGUAUGUAGAUGCUCAUUCUAGGGUAAAAGACAAGGUUAUACCAGAAGCUUCCACACACUCUAUUCAAACCAUAAUUCACUGAGAGUGGAUCAUGCAUGGAAAUGUAGUUAAUGGCGAUAAAUAAAAAGAAACAAAGAUUUAUGAUGAUGAGCUUUAAUCAAGGAUUUCCCAAACAGUACUGAAUCAGAUAUUUCUACAGGGGUCUGUUUAGGUCCACAAACGGAUGAGAGCACAAUCUCUCUUGGUGUAGCCUGUCACCUGGCCUGUAUACCCCUCUCUCUGUUGGUCUUUGUCCAUACCCCCCUCUUACAUGAGGACCAGAAACUUCCUCAUUAAUCCAUUCCUUGUCACAACUUGGAGUAAAACAAAAAGGAUUUAUUUUAAAGGAACUUAAAAGCAACAAAAGACUUACUUUGAAUGUCUAACUGAAAUAUAUGCACACAGGGAAACAAGAAACGAGAGGCAGGUGAGACACUGAGGCUGUGUCUCAUUUCAGAGACUGCACCGUUGAACGGCGCAUUUCAUGCAGCGCUAACGGUGUCUCAUUUGGCUUGUAAUUCUGAGCGCGCUUCAAAUGCGGUCUCAAAACUACCCUGCCCCCGCCUCUUUUUCAAGCGUGCAUUUAUGAACGCUUUCGUGGCCUUUGUAUCCCAGAAUUCUUUGCGUGCCGCUGCACAGCUGUGCAUUUGGGUGAGAGGCCGGACUUGCUUGGAGACACAGCGCGUCUUCAAAGAAAAUACAAGAAAUCCAAAAACAUCAGACAGUCAGCUCAGACUCCAUAAGCACAUGAUCUCUGAACUCACUAAAAUCUGUAAACCAAACAUGAUAGUCUUUAGAGACGAACUGAUCCGCUCUGCUACCACAAUCAAACAAAUUAGAAAUAAGAAAGCUGACAAAACUACAGCAGAGGAUCGUUGACACAUUGAGUUUUUUUUUUUUUUUUCAAGAUUUAGAGAUUAAAGCUGUAAACUUGCGAGAAUAAAGUUAUCAAGUAAAUAAAGUCAUAAAGCUGCUUUUGUGGAGGGGGAAAUGACUGAAGCUGGUCAUCUGCAGGGUUAUCUGUGGAUGGAUCAGCAGGUCAUUCAGAGAGUUUUCAUGGUUUUUUAAGAAAAAAUCAAACUGAUGAUGAUCAACAUUUGUGAUCUAGAGGGAGUCGAGCUCCGACGAGCAACACAUCUCUGACACCGGCGGUAACCUAUACCUGCAGAGACACCAACACCUUAUUAUGACAUAUGGAUUCAUAUCAUAAAUUAAAGCUCAAUGCCAUUCAGGAAUAUUUACGGCUGCAUUGACAGAUAUAUCCUUAGCAAAUCCAUUUCUGUCUCCACAGGAGCAGCGAUUUUCUCGAAGUCCACCUGGUUUUUUUUUUUCCCUGUGGAAAAGACGUAUUUCUCAUGUAUUCUUUUUUAAGUCUUUAUACUUAUGACAAUGUGAUGCUGAUGUGCCAAAGGAUGAAGUAUCUCCUUGUUUGUGAAACCUAUACUGAAGCACAGUUCCUUUAAAUGCUUCAUGGCUAUAAUUUUAACAACUCUCCUUUGAAAUAACAGGUUACGACUUUAUUCUAAUAAAUUAAUGACUUUAUUCUCAUAAAUUCACGACUUAAAUCUCAAAGUCUAUAAAAAAAAUUCUCGAUAUGGCCCUCAUACUCCUUCAUACAAAACAAUCAUUGGAUGAAUUUUGUGGAAAUGAUCUGUGCUUAAAGAAUGGACAGUCUGCCUCCUCGCUGGGUGAAGCCACUCCGAGAACAGCACCCUCUGUUGAUGGGCUGCAGUAUAGGUCAUAAAUCCCGCCUCCGCCAGCAAAGUUUAUGGAGCUGUGGACAAACUUUAGAAAUUUAUUACACAGAACAUACAUUUUUCUCCCCCCUGCUUGUGGUGUUGACAUGUAGUUACAGUAAGACUGAUUUGGGCUGUUUUCUAUGAUUGACACCUAAUACAGCCUAUGGGCAUUCAGGGAUUGCGUAGCUCUCCCGGGGAUACGCUGUCUGAGCCAAGCAUCAUCACAGCGACUCUCAGCUACUGCGCGCCCAAAUGCACAGCGCUGGUUUCAGGAAAUGAAGAAAAAUCCCAGAAAUACCGAGGGCUAUUUGGCUUCAAAUCCGUAUACAGGCAGUAGGCGGAACCAAGUUGUCCAUAGUAUAUACAGUCUAUGGUUGUGACGCGAGUCUGAGGGCGGGGACAUUUGGUGGUUCAACCAGGAAGUCCUCCGAAGGUUAGACCUUCCCAAUUCACAAAACCGGACCAUCUCACUCAGGGUACUCAAGUCCACAUAACGGCAGUGCGCUCAGCUAAGUGCACUUGAGCGCACUCAGCCUCAUGCAGUCUCUGAGAUGAGACACAGAUGCAGACAAUUACUAAGGAGGGAAAACUGAGGAAGUAAAACAAAACUAGACUAGAAACAUGGGGAAUAAGCGACUACAAAAUAAAACAGGAAACACUGAAAACUGAUAAUAGAGAAUAAAACACUGAGAACAUGAGGGAAACAGGGUCAGACACAAACUGAAAACUCACAAGACAAGACUACCAGGGAACAGGAGCAGUAGGGAACAGAGACACUAGGGAAAAUACACUCAAAUCACAGGGAAAAACUCCAUAAACAGAACAUAUCGUGACAUUCCUUCCUGAGGUGCAUACUCAAUCUACUCUGAUGAACAAAAACUGUCACUUCAAAAGCAUGUUUCAGACUAUGGGCUCUAUUUUCGUGCCUUGCCUGAGACGUGCGGAGUAAGUCAGGUCCGUCGCGCCGACAAGGCGUUCCUGAACACAAUUUGGUAUUUUGCUGAGAGAGGGCGUGGAGUGGGUUUAACACAGCUGAGACCUGUAUUGACCUAUAACAUCAGCUCCUCUCCUAGCCUUUAAAUCCGCCACCGGCGAGGCGUAUUACUAUUUUCGUGAAGUAGUCAAAGAGAUCAAGAGAUGUCUGAAGGCAGUAAUGCCACACGAUGGCGACAGAAGGCAGCUCCUCAACAAGUGUCGCUGUAAGCGCUGCAUUGGGUGUCCUCCAGACUGUCUCAUCUGAGCACAGAUGGAUUUGGUGUGUGUAAUGUUGGACCCACUGGUAAGACAAACACCCUUUUCCACAAAUAAAGACACUCACAUAAAGUUGCAUAUAUUCAAACCUCACGUGACAAAGGUGGGUUGUGCGCACAGAUCACAUCAUAAAGUCCAAAAAUGGCAUUAAAAUUGGAACCAUCUGUGCAUAAAGGACGCAUCACGCUCUGUGGCCUGGCUCUUUCUUUCAUAGAUGUUGGCAUAAAAAAUAAAUUUGGCUCACAAAACUGAAUAUUAUAAUAUUUGAUGUAGGCUUAAAGUUAAAAACUCAUCUGGUCACUGAAACAAAUCAUCAGCCGCUGCAGCAGCAGCAGCUGCAGCAGGACAGGGAGAGGACACAGAGACAUGUCCAGGUUGAGCUGCGCGAGAAAUAAGAGGAAGAGGAGGAAAGAAAAGGAUGGAGACAAAUUAAAUAUCUUGUUAACUUCAUCAUGUGAGUUUAUUUACUAGAUAUUUAAUUUAAUUUAAUGUGGUUUCAGCUGUGUUGAUUCGGUCAGGUUGUGUGUCCAAAUGCGUGCCAAACGUGCUCAUCAGAUCAGAUAUAGAUCAGAAUAUAUCUAUAUAGAUCUAAAUGUAUGUGCUGACUCAGAUUAUUAGUUGUUGAUGAUUAUUUAUUGCACUGAAAUGUGCCUGACACUGUGGAAACCUGCUGGUGAGGCAUCAGUGACGUAUGCCCAUACGCCGCCAGUCUACCAAAAUACCACUUGACCAGCUGCGCUCCGCCUGCGCUGAAAGCUGACCAGGUUUGAAUCGGCGAGCCUUCAGUGCACUUUAUAUGCAACCGGCGAGCAUGAAAAUGUCACUGCGGCAGCUGAUUCUGUCGACACCUCCCUCUGCCACGCCACCACACCCAGCUUGGCGGACCUUGGUGCGCCUCAGUUCACCGAAAUACCAAACUGGCUGUACGCCAGGCUCCGCACAAUGAAAAUACCACUGCGCGGCAUCUGCCACCCUCCGCCGCCUCACCGGCGGACACGAAAAUAAAGCCCUAUGUAUUCAAUAUACUGAUAUAUCAUCUCAGUUCAGUUUACAUCAUUGUAAGUGGAUGAAACACUGCUUUUUAUGUAUUUCAACUUAAAAAGAGUCCAGCAUUUACCAAGUAAUCUUUGAGGUAGAGAUGGUUGUGUGUGUGUGUGUGUGUGUGUGUGUGUGUGUGUGUGUGUGUGUGUGUGUGUGUGUGUGUGUGUGUGUGUGUGUGUGUGUGUGCGCACAGAACAGUGCAGUGCAGUGCGGGCUAAGGAUGGGGGGAUAGCAGACUGUAGGCAGGACCCUCAGGAUAAAGGCCUCAGAUCUACUUACCACCUCCUCACAACAUUAAAAGGAAGAUGUAACUUUGCUGAUAGCACAGAAUUUCAAUGAGGGCUGGUGCAAACACAAAUGAAAAAGAAUUCAUUAUAAUAUCAUUUAGUAGAUCAAAAGAUGGAGCUGAUGCUACAGAUACUCACUGAUGAAGUUUGUGGAUCUGUACAGGGAGCACAGAGCAGUACAGACAGACAUAUAGUAUAUCUGAUGUUUUUCAAGGGCCAAGAUGCAGCUCUCUUUGAUUAUCUCUGGAAGCUGUGAGAUUAUAAUUCAUGGUAACUAAUUCUCAUGCAGUUUGUCCAUCUGGUCUGUCCUGUAAACACAUGUGCAAGUGUCACCUAUAGCAUGUGUCAUAUACAGUGACAAUGUAAACAUUAUUGUGAAGUUGUGAGCCGGGCUUUAAUGCUGAAGGAAGUGCUUUUGUGGUGAUUCAGGGUGGUUAUAAACAGACAGUUAUUGGCAUUAUGUAUUUCUUCAAUAGACCUUUAAGGUUUUCUUUAGGGUGCUGCAAUGUAAAGGAAGACAGGGAGCAGAAUGGUUGUUGUUUUGCUGAGCCAAAUUUUUUAACCCCUGAAUGAAAAGAGCCUGAAUUUCCAUCACUUGCAGCAUUUACACUGAGGCUGCUUACCUGAGAGAGAAGACAGAUCCAAAGCUGCUCUCAUAUUGUUAGAUGAGUCACAGACAACUUGAUUAGGAUCAUACAGUCUUAUGUAGAUUAUCUGACUUCCAACAGGUUUUAAUGUAAACUUGAACAUUGAUACUGCUUGUUAAAUUUCAGUGAUUCCUCCACUGUGGAAAACACCACCAUCUCCUUAUCCAGAUACUGUGUAACAACAAAGCAUUUGGGUCAGUCACUUUCAGUGUUGUAUUUUGCUGUACAAGCAAAGAUUUUGUCAACUCCAAGGUGUUAGCUGACACCAGCAUGAGCUGCACUGCUGAAGAGAGCAGUAGCCUGUUUCCUUGUUUCACAGGAGUCCUUCUGGUGUAGAAUUAAUAUUUUGCAUGAUCUGAAUUCACUGAUUCUUCUUUUUAAUUUGACUAAAAUGUUCUUGAACAUGGUCUAAAUAAUCUGAGAUUCUGUUAAGCUUGUAUCAGUCUGGGGUCAGGAUAGCAUAAAAGAUGCUCAAUGUGCCUGAAAUAGGGGCUUUUGCUAGUGUAGUGCCUCCAGAUGUCAGACUGUUUUGGUGUCUGUUACAUGGAUUUGUUUGGAAAUUUAGUAUUUUGUUGGCCCAGCAGAGCUUUGGCCUGCUGUGCUUGCUAUAAAUAUUAUACCGUGCAUGCUCAUUGUUGCAUUUGUGAAUCAAGAAAUUACCCAAGAUGUUGUUAUUAAGCUAAAGCACAAAAUGAUUUCACAGUAAUUCCACAGCUGAAACUUGCUUUACAGGCUAACAUGACAAUGGUUGAGAGCAGAAAUGGACAUAUUGUGUUGGAAAUGAAAGUUCAUCUGAAGGCCAAUUAGUGUUUAGUGUUUUUUUGAUAGAAACAGAGUCAGAGCACAGAGCUGUAUUUUACAGAGCAGCUUGAUUUUCAAUCUGUGUUACAGGCAUGACAUCAGUGUCUGUGUCGAGACAGGAAAAUCUUAUCCCACUGCCACUGUCAUAAAAGCAACACAAUAAUGAAAUGACAUCACAGUGGGGUGGCAGUAAUUAAAUCAGCAGACUGCUGUCGUGGACUUUUACAAGGCAGGAGGAUUGUGGGUAACAGUGCAGCACUCUGGAGAACGGGGUGUCAGUGAAGGCAGCACAGAGGCAAAGAGUCUGAAAAAGAAUCCUGCUUUUUCACUGCAGUGCAGUUUUACUUUCUUUUCAUCUGUUUUUAACAGACUUAACCAAGCUGAUAAUUUAGAUCAAACAACAUCAUGCUUUUUACCCUUAUCACGAUUAAACAAAUAAUUAUAAUAAUACAUUUUAUUUCUAAAGCGCUUUUCUAGAACACAAAGACGCUGUACAUGAGUAAAAGCAAGAGUAGGCCUGUCACGAUAACAAAUUUUGCUGGACGAUAAUUGUGCUACAAAUUAUCGCCAAUAAACGAUAUUAUUGACACCAUUUUUUAAAUUAUAGAUAAUGAUAUUAUAUGGCAUAAUAAUGCGAGUACACCAUGUCAAAAGUGAUAAACUUUAAUUUCCACACGAGAACAACACUGGUUGUUUUCGUUGACUAAAAUAUUUCCCUUUUCUCCCACGAUGAAGACGUAACGUUGACGAGCUAAACAUAAGUCGGAGAUGACUAAAAUGUGACGAGACGAAAGUGCGUUUACGUUGAUGGGACGAGACGAAAAUGACGAACAGAGUUGCAAAACUCAGUCAGUUAAACGCUAAACAUAUAGGAGCAGCUUCAGUCCGCUCUGACAGCUCUCAUCAGCCUGCUGUGCUCCUCCAACACACAGACACACACGCGCGCACACACACACACGUGGAGUUUUGUGUUUGACGAAAACAAAACUGGUUUAAAGCCGAAAUAUUCCCACACUUGGGCUGUUGCGUUCGGUUUAGACACCAAAGCUGUCAUGUUCAUUCUGUUAGCUUGCUUUUCACUCACGACGCUCACUUGCAGCACUGUAUCCAAAAGUCUGUGUCUGUGUGCCUGUGCGCGCCUACGUGUACCUGCGCGCGCGCCCCCCCGUGACAAAGAUACUGAAUGACUGACAGGAGGGUUCACUAACUCCGUUCAUUCCGCUAUAGAGCCAACGCCCCCAGGUGCCGAGAAAAAUGCGCAGAGUGAGACCUCUUCUCUCAUCCAGCGUGUUUGGUAGCGAGAGAGGAGAAAAACAAACGCACGUCAAUUAUCGAGGCUGGCAAAGUUAUCGACCUCGUUUUUAUUUAUCGAGCAAUAAGGCGAUUUAUUGAUUAUCGCGACAGGCCUAAGCAAGAGCAAUAAAACAUACAUCAAUAUACAAUAAUGGGGGGGGGGGGGGGGGGUAUGGAGGAUGAAAGGCAGUGCAGGCAAGGUGGGUUUUGAGAUGGGUCUUGAAUCUGGUCAGGUUGGCGCAGUUUCUGAGGUCCAGUGGGAGUGAGUUCCAGAGGGUGGGGGAGGCGACUGAGAAGGUUCUGUCCCCCCAGUUUCAGUGUUUGGUCGAGGGAACUGUGAGGAGGUUGGCAUUGGCGGAGCGGAGGGUGUGUAUGUGUGUGUGGGGGGGUGUAGGGGUGGAGAAGAUCUUGCAGGUAGGGGAGGGGCCUGGUUGUGGAGUGGUUUGUGGGUGAGAAGGAGGAUUUUGUACUGAAUGCGAUGAGGGAUGGGGAGCCAGUGAAGGUUCUGGAGGAUGGGGGUGAUGUGUUGGUGGGAGCGUGUAUGGGUGAGGAGGCGGGUGGCAGAGUUCUGGAUGAGCUGAAGUUUAUUGAGGAGAGUGGAGGUAGUGCCGUGGAGGAGACUGUAAUCUAGACAGGAUGAGAUGAAUGCAUGUAUGAGGGUUUCAGCUGCAGGGUAGGAGGCGGGCAAUGUUUUUGAGGUGGUAGUAGGCUGUUUUGGUGAUUUGCUUGACGUGCUGGGUGAAGGAGAGGUUGCUGUCAAAGAGAAUACCAAGGUUGCGACAGUAGGGGGAGGGGGAGAGGGUGGAGUUGUCAAUGGAGAGCUGAAAGUCUGUGACUGUAGAGGUGAGGGAGUUUGGGCCGAUGAUGAGGAGAUCGGUUUUGUCGUAAUUGAGCUUGAGAAGGUUGCUGUCCAUCCAGUGUUUGACAUCAGUGAGGCAGUUUGAGAGGGAGCGUUGGGUCUGGGGGGUGAUGGAGGUGGAAGAGAUGUACAAUUGAAUGUCAUCAGCUUAGCAGUAGAAGUGGAGAUCGUGUUGACGGAGGAUGUGGCCAAGAGGGAGGAGGUAAAUGAUGAAGAGGAGGGGACCAAGCACCGAACCCUGGGGGACACCUUGGGACAAAGGGGCAGUUGAGAAAUAGGUGAGAAGCGGGAGAGUGCUGAUGGGAUGAGGGGAGGAGCUGGGAAUGGAAGGUGGGGGAAGGGAGUUGUAGAUUGUGUUGAUUUUGGAUUGAAAAGAAGAGAGGAAUGAGUUGCACUUUUCCGGGGUGAAGUUGAUGGAGACACUGUCUAUGGGGUGGAGCAGUUUUUUGACUGUGGAGAAAAGAGCCUUUUGGUUACUGGAGCCAGAGUGGAUGAGGUUGGAGUAAUAGGAAGAACGGGUGGAGGUGAGGGCUGUUCUGUACAGGUGGAGAUGGUCGGUGUAGGCUUGGAGAUGAACGGUGAGGUCGGUUUUGCGGUAGAGACGUUCCAGUUGGCAUUUGUGUGAUUUCAUUUUUGAACAAAAAGUGCAUAAAAAUCUGGUGAGGUGCUACAAGGUUACAUCACUCAUUUGCUUGAUGGACUAAAAAAAUCUCCACACAGCACACUAUGAUGUGUGGGGAUGCACAAAAUUGGUUUUCUCAAAUCUCAUUUUUGCUGGUAUUAAUAAUGAUUUAUACAUACCUACAUAAAUUAUUUUCCUGUAACAAAAUUGAGCUGCAAAAGUUAGUUUGUUUUCGACCCAGGCAAACUACAUUUGAUUCUAUGACACAUGACCUUUUUUAAUAAUUGAAAAAUAUAAUAUAAUUCAAUUUAAUUUAAUUUUCCUUUGAGGAUAAAUGAAGUUAUUCUUAUUCUUAUACAUCCAGAAAUGCAUCUGCUAAUCACAUACACUUAAUUGAUGCAUCACCUCUAUAGCACAUAAUUACACUCGCAGAAACUGUCAUAUCUACAAAUACCAAUAAGUAACUUUUCAAAUGAUCAUCUGCCAAUACAGAUAUUAUGCAGAAGAAAAUCAUGCAUCCCUAUUAAUGAGUAAGUGAAGGCAAAGAGGAGCAGCAUCACAACCUCAGGUCCUUGGGCCAGAUAUCUGCAGCAACGCUGGAUACAGUUCAGCACUUCACCUUAUCCUCCAAACUCCCAAAGACAGACUGAAAUGAUUGAUCAGUGAUAUGAAUACUGCUGGUCAUGAAGACUCCAGAAAAUUUAACAUUUUACAGAAAUGAAAUGCCAAUCCAUCCUGAGUUUUUUCUCCAAAGUGUCAUUAUCUGCACUGUUUGCAAAAUUUGAAAGUGAAAUCCAGGGUUAUGUCACAGCAGUUGAGUACUGUACCACUUCCUCUGACUUUGGAUCGAACAAAACAGUGGAGCCUUUCCUCUAGAAUGCACUAAAUUUAAAUUAAGAUCCCUGCUUUAUGUCCUUGUUUGAGCAAAGAUUUCAAUGUUAAAGGGUUUGUAGUAAACCAGAUGAAAUGAAGCUGUGUUGAUUCAAUUUUUAAAUGAAAAAAACCUUUAUUUAGGUGGUGUCUUUGGGCUCUAUUUGCGUGCCCACCUGCAGUAUUUUCGUAGACUGAGGUGCGCCAACCUGGGCAUGGUGGCGCGGUAGGGGGGACAAAAUCAGCUGGCGCAGUGACAUUUUCGUGCCCGCCAGCAGCGUGUGAAGUGCGCUGAAAGCUCGCCAAUUAAAACCUGGUCAGCUUUCAGUGCAGGCAGAGCGCAGCUGGUCUAGUGGUAUUUUAGUAGACCGAAGGCGUAUUGCGCAUAUGUCACUGAUGCCUCACAGGCAGUUUCCACAGUGUCAGGCACAUUUCUGUGCUUAUUUGAGAGAGUAUGAAGGACGCCUUCUGCAGCGCUGACCGCAACACUUGUUGAGGGGCUGCUUUUUGUUGCCAUCGUGUGGCAUUGCUGUCCGGUAUAGAGCGGCCUGUUCCGCUCACCAAAAUACCAAAUUGUGCUUGGGCAUGCCCCAUCGGCACGGUGCCACGCAGCCGGCAAGGCACAAAAACAGAGCCCUUUGUCCUGCCAUCAGGGCACAUGCCCAAUAUUCUAAGUAUAAACAACAAUUUCCCUUCAAAAGUGGAGAUAAUGAUGUCAGUGUUGGACAAAACCUUCGUUCCACUGUCCCCAUGAACACAGAGUUCUUCAUAACCUUGCCCACUGAGGUGUUUCCCAAACCUCUAUUUCUGUGACCUUAAACUCUGUUUGCAUGGGGGACAAAAGACUGAGUAAAACCUGACAUUUUCAAACAAUUACUUGUACAUGAGGCAAAAUGUUGCACAAUAAAUUCUUGUCAUGAAUAACCAUCAUCUAAAUAUUGAUCAAAAUAACCAUGGUAACCACUGUGGUGUUACCUGUGCAGCCUUCAAUAAGGCUGUCUGAUAUUCUCGCCCUUCUGCCUUACAUCAAAUAGCUCUGCUGCUCUGCUUUAAUUAUUACAUUUGGGGUGAAAAACUCAUUAGUUCGGUGACCUGCAGGGCAGCAGAGGCCAGCAUCGAUACUCAGGCUGCGAGAGACCAGAGGCUGUGGGUGAUAAAUUGAUCAAAGUCAGUGGUCCUGCCGUGCCCAAAAGCUAACGACAGCAGCACUUAGUUUCAUUGCUUCUGUCUGAAAAGGGGGGACAGAGAAAACACAGAAAGAAGACUUUCAAUUAAGAGAGUUGUACCAAGAAGGAAGUUUUAAGGAAAGAAUGAGGUCUGUUGAGUUUUAUAGUGUCAUGAGGAUAGGGCUGUUAAACUGACUACAUCACAAUGCUAAUUUAUCAAAAUAAACCCAGUCAGGGUCAGAUUAUGUCCCGGGUUUCAUCUUAAAAUAGGCUGAAAAGCAGUAAUUAUUACCUGAUAAGUUCAGGCUCUCAGAGGUUAUAGAAGCGUUUGGGAUGGAUUUGUUGUAUUGAUAAAGCCACAAACCCAAACUGUGCAGCUACAGUAGCACAGACAGUAUGUAUCACCUCACAGAGCCUCAGCAUAUAGUCAGGGAUUAUUAUAAUCUCAUUUCUCCCCCCAGUCUCUCUUCUUUGUUUCUUUUCACCUGUUUGUGUCAGGUAAAAUUAACACUUUGAAGUCAGGCAGACCAACCACACAGUUAAAAAACAAUCACUGCAUUUGAGGACACUAUUUUAUAUUUCUCAGCUUUAUCCUACCAUGCUAAGUCAUUGAAAUCGUAGUUACACAUUAGGGACUUGGGCCUGGUUCAGAGUACACUUGUACACAAAGGUCCAUCUCAUUUGUUCAGUGUGAGCACAGCCACUCCAGAUUUGGGCUCAGUCUUGAGUCCCCUCUCAGAGGUUACCUCAAGAAUGGUCUCCUGGGAGAUAUGACCAAAAGUAUGUUUAAACAAGGAGUUUCGCUGCUAAAUUUUGUCACCAAACUAUUCACCUCUAACCUCUAACACGCUGCAGUUCUGUCAUCAUUACACCCAGGAAGGCGUAACAUUGGUGUCUAAGUGUGUCAUUACACACUGGGACACCUUGUUGCAGCAGCGUGAGAAGCAUGGCUUGUCAACACAGUGCAGAAGCUCCACAUGUACACACAUACAGAUGUGUACAGUGUUGUUUUGCACUGCUGCCUCUGACACUACAUUGCCACCAUCUUCCCUACAUCCUACCUUUGGUACUACCUCAGACAGAGCAUGAGAGGUUAAACAGGCUGUAAGAGGGGUGCAUAUAUCCCACCUUGAAAUGGCUGUAUGUAAGCACCUUAUGUCUCUUCAGAAAGCUUUAUGGUAAAUGUUGAGGUAGUAAGAUCAGUAACAGGGUCAUUAAGUAUUCAAAAGUCAAAGCAGCAAGACGGACUCCAUUGUCCACACUAAACAUGAACAAAUGUUAACCAGUUAGUAGUAGUGGCAAAGCAGCAACCAUGGUGAGCAGUGGUUGUGGCUGCUGCUUCAGGUCUGCAUACUUGCCACCUAUUGGACAGUGUGCCUUGAAGGAUGUAUUAGUGUGAAAACAGAGCAGCAGGGGGUAGGGGAAGGGGGAGAAAUUGUGAUCAAGCCUCAUAUGAAAACACUCAAGGCUAGUUUUGCAGUGAAAGAAUCUGUAUUAGAUUAAAUUAACUAUUUAUCAUGGAUUCUAUAUGACCAAAUGUUGUAUUUGUGGUUGUGUUUUUCACUGAGUGGCAGCAUCAGGUGUAGUUACAGUCCAGUCCUUCCAGCAGGGGGUAGGGGAAGGGGGAGAAAUUGUGAUCAAGCCUCAUAUGAAAACACUCAAGGCUAGUUUUGCAGUGAAAGAAUCUGUAUUAGAUUAAAUUAACUAUUUAUCAUGGAUUCUAUAUGACCAAAUGUUGUAUUUGUGGUUGUGUUUUUCACUGAGUGGCAGCAUCAGGUGUAGUUACAGUCCAGUCCUUCCAGCAGGUAUUUGUCUGCUUUGCUGUUGUUUUCAUUGUUUCUCGUACGAUGGAUAGCUCUGUUACAGGAUGCUUUGCCACUUAGUUUGAAUAGAGGUGUCAGUACACAUGCUCUAUAAUACAAGUUGGACUUAAUAGAUAUACUCAGCGCACGGCAGUAGUUUUAGACUGCAGUAAAAUCAUUCACAUAAUAGAUGGUGGUAAAUCACAUCUUUACUUUGAGGACAUAAUCCCAUUGAAAGAACAUUUUAGGCUUUAUUGAGUCCAGGGUUUUUGUCACCAUAAGGACAUAAAAAUAUGAGUUGCCGCAGCUGCUGGUUGUGACUUGUGUCUUCUCUUCUGCAUUUUCCAAGAGUUUCAUUGUACCAGAGCAUCAUUUGCAUUAGAAAAUGCAAAUGUCAUCAAUAUUUCUUUGAAGAUGCUGCAUCUCUGUUAGGUUUUUACAUAAAUUGUCAUUCCCUUUUCCUACAUCAAAGAAAACCACAUAAUCACAGCAGGGUAUAAGAGGAGGGAUGGCACAUUAGAGAGACUCUCUAAACAAGGAAGUGUUAAACACUUGAGCCAGUAAACAAGCCUGAGCUCACACCAUCUCCCUGGGGGAGCAGGUCCACCACACAGCCUGACUGUUUGCCAUGUAUAAGUUCCCUAAAGAACUUUUGUAAAACUCUACUUAUGAGAACUUCAAAGGAGGUCCAGGCUUGCUUUGAGCUAAAGAGCCCCUCUCUUUCCUCCUGCUGAUGGAGACGAUGCAAAUCAGCUGCUGGAGGUAGAAGGACUAGAUUGAGCAAAAGAAGUGAAGGAGAGCAGAGCAAGGAGACGAGCAAAGCUGCAGGCAAGAUGGAGACAUGAAUAAGGGAUGUGAUCUGUGUCAUCAGUGAAUGGUACAUUUGCAAAUAAUAAUCAAACAGAAACUCUUUCAUCCUUUUUCACAUGGCUAUGAAUCUUUCUGUGGCUGUUUCAUCCCUGAAAACCAGCCUCAGUUUAUAAUCUACCAAACCAAACAGACCACAGGUCAGGGCAAUAUAUCAGGGGUUACCUGGUGGUGCAUGCUGGGUAGCAUCAGCUUGAAGUCUCAUUGAUUCGCAGUUAGAGCGGCUGGAGCAGAGGUCACGGUGAGGUCAGCACAAUUAGAGAUGAAGCCAAGGUCUUUAAUGAGGCAGAGGGAUGAAAGGGUUGCCAAUUAAUGGGCACUGCUUUGUACUGAAAACAACCUGGUGCUGUUCAGAUGCGGCAUGAUUAACCUUCUGCAGUUGUGACUUUGUUUAUUCUGUGUAUGAGAAGAUAUGAAAGGGAAGAGGGAGGCUGUUAAUUAGUGCUCACUAUGAUGGAGUCUUUCACAUCUUGUUGACCUCGUUUACUGGGGUUCAUCAGGGUCAGCGGGCUGUAAUUGGAUGGGCCCUCAAUAGGUCCUGCAAACUAGGGGCUAAAACAUGAAAUACAGGGAUGCAACGGUAUGAUAACAUUCAUCAGAGUUGAUUUACGUUUUAAAAUUGUAAGUAAGUGGCAAAUUAAAGCUUCACGUCUCAAUUAACUCAGGCUUUCACAAUGAUGUGGUUUGAUGUGUGUAAAGCGGGUCAUAAAUAAAUUGGACACUAAGUGGGGAGAAUAAUGUAAAUUUUGAGCGUUAUAGAGCCCACCAUUAGUAUUUUAGUCCAAGUCUUCAUUAGCAAUUGUAUCUUUAUUAACAAACACUUACUUUCAGUAAUCAAUAAUCAGCCAUCAUAUCGGCAAGCCACUCAGGUAUCGUCUGAGUGGAAAACACUGGGUGAAGCCUUGUCUGCAAAAUCAGCAACAUAAAGACACCAAACCAAGGGAGUACGAGAAAAAUUUAGUCCUCUGCUGUUUCAUACAGAAAGAAAUUUUCAUUAAGCCCCUGUAACUACAUGUUAGAGGAAAAACCUUGUUCUACCUUUAAUAGAUAAUGUGCAAAUAUUAGAACACAAUUAAAUGAACCAUCAGAAAUACAAAGGACAAAAUGUAUCAUUAAUUAUUCUCCAACAGUAGUUGUUCACUUAAAGCAUUGAAAAGUUCUCAAUGUACAGCUUCAUCAAAACUCCUUCAAAAUAACAACAAGUGACAUUCAGCUAUUGUAAAGGCACAAUAGGUAGAAAAUACUGUGCAAAGCACCCUUAAAAAAGAGCAUUUCACACCCUUACAAAGCAUGGUCACACUGCUAAAGAGCAUCAGAAAUUGGAUUUCAUGGAUGAGAUAAAGAAAGAGGUGUUUUGCAGUGAGGUUCGCCCCGGGGGGCUUAGCACUUACUGUUGAAGAAACAUCUGAGGGGGGAUACUUAAAACUCAGAGAGGGGUCCUGAGAGGGUCAGAGCAAACGUGGAUAACUACAGAGACCCAUUUUAUUGUGCUACAACAUUUCAGAUAUUCAGAAGGUAAUAAAAAAUAGUCUCUGUUUAACAGUUAUCUGAAAAGAGCAUGGUUAAAAUUUAGUUCAACAGUUAUUGUUUUACAAGCUGAGGACCUGCGAUAAAUGAAGUCACUCUAUACAGCUCAGCCUUGUUGAUGUUGGUGUGAGUGCUGUCUGCUGCAGCCUGUUGGCUCAGCCUCUAGGUUUUAUUGAUUUCUCCUUCAGCCGGAUAGGGUUUCUGCCAUAGUAACAUAUUACAUCUGCAUUGAUCAGUACUACUUGUCUGGGAAGCACAUGUAAGAGAUGUAGGACAAGCGCCAUUGUUGCUCUACAGACCCAGCAGCAUGAGACAUAGAUUUACUGUCACAGAAUAGAAAAACCAUUUAUCACCACAGAGGGAUUUACCUGUGAUGAAUAAGAAAUACUCCAGUGUUUAAUUACUUUUUGUUUGAGUAGAAAUUUAAACUCAGACAAAGAAAAGAAAAUACUCAGAAAAAGUCAUUCAGCAUUGCUCAACACAGAUCACAGCACCUGCAGAUAAAAGGUUGUUAAACUGGUUUGUUUAGUGUGACUGUAUUUAUCAGACCCAAUACCGGCAGCACCACAAGAUGUCAUCUGAGCCUAGGCUAGAGGAUGGUAGCUGCACUACAAAUUAUACACAGAAUACCACUGACAUUUGGGUAUCAAAAAAGAAAUAGACAUAAAUUAAUUGAGUAAUAAGAAUAAAUAAAUAAAUUACAAAUUGAAUCAGCUAAUGCCAUAAGUAAGAGUAACAACAUGUCAUUGCAUCCCUAUAAUGUGUGUGUACUUGUAUUGAUUUAAAUUAACAGACCAGGAUAAUGAAACAGGCUAGACAUUUCAAAAUGUUUUUUUUUUCCUUUUUUUUGUCAAAGGUAACCCUGAAAUAAAUGCAAAUGUCUCAUGUAAGUGUGUGCAUAAAUGGCUGUUUGUCUCUAUAUGUAAAUGCCAUAGACUGUAUAUAGAGUGGACAUCCUCUGUCUCCUCGCUGGGUGAAGCCACUCUGAGAACAGCACCCCCCAUGACAAGUUGCAGUAUAGGUCAUAAAUCCCGCCUCCACCAGCAAAGCUUAUGGAGCUGUGGACAAACUUUAGAAAUUAAUUACACAGAAUAUACAUUUUUCUUACCCUUGGUUGUGAUGUUGACAUGUAGUUACUGUAAGAAUGGUUUGUGCUCAAGUCCUCUUUUUUCUGUGCAGCUCCAUUUUUAAAAGUUAUUAGGGGGUUCAUGUUUGCUAUGAUUGACACCUGAUACAGCCUAUGGGCGUAUGAAGAUUGUAUAGAUCAUCCGGGGGAUACACUGUUUGAGCCAAGCGUCAUCACAGGGGCUUUUGUGCACACUGUUUGCACUGUUUAAUUAUUUAUUUCCAUGCACUGGUUGGGUGGGGGCAACCUUGAGCUUACACAAGGCCUGACGGCCUACAGUUGAACAGGGUUAAAGGACUGCAUGCAGUCUCUCAAACCAACAGCCAUGAUAUCCAAGUAAUGGCUCUUCAAUGGUCAACAAAAAAGGCAGCAACUAUAAUUUUAGGCUUUAAGUGUAUUUCUAAUCUGAUGCUCUUGAAUAGUUUCUCAAAGGGUUUGAUCAAAUAUUUCAUUAAUUUGUUCUGCAUUUAUCUGCCUUGGGGUACAUUUAAGUAACUGGCACUCAAUGAUAUUGUCUUUCAGCAGAUAUAAAGGUCAGUUAAAUCUUUAAGUAAUCACCAAUACAUUUCCACUGGUGCAUGACAAAUGUAUCCGUCCCAUCUCCUAUCCGGGUGAAUGGGGUCUGCCGUGGGGGUUUUGGUGGCUCAGCUCUGGGAUCCACUUGCUGCAGUAAUCCAGGGGGGUUAGGAUAAAGCUGGGCUUCGCUUCGCUCUGUGCCUCGCUCGCUGCCUCCUCCCAGAUCAGAUGAGAUUAGGAAAGAGCUAAGGAGCUCUGAGGGAAGGCAGGGCUCAGAAACACUGAGGCUGAGCAGAGGAGGGACAUUGCCAGGCAGGUGGGAGCUCCUGCAGGAAAGCAGAGGUGAGUUCAUCCAGGACUAGAGGGCUAAAUAUUCAAUUUGGUGUUUCUUGGGGAGAGAGCUUGGAGCCAGCUGGUGAAGGUGUGUGAUGGAGUGAAUACUCUCAGUCUAGUUCUCUGUUUUUCUGAGUCAGUGUGCUUUUGAGCCUCAGUGUGUGUGUGCUCAUUGCAAAUCCUGUGGUGCUUUUUAGAAGACCCCUAGAGCCAAAAGGACUUUGGAGGAACUUUGAAGAACAGAAGUGCUGUGCUGUGUCAUGGAAAAAUGCUGCUUUGCUCCCUGGGAGCUGUGUAUCUGUGUCUUUUAGCAAACACAGUUGGAAAUGUUCCUUAAUCAAAUAGCUUUGAGAGAUAAUGUCCUUGUUUCUUGAAUUACAAGUCCUGUCUGAGGAUCUUUCAACUUUGGAGCCAUGCUACAUACCUAAGUGGUGUAGCUGCUUGUGAUAGAGUGAAUAGAAGCCGUGAAAUGGAAGUAGCAGUGACAAAGACGGUGGUGAAGUAGGGCUGUGAUGCCAAAUUGAGGAGAAAAUUGUGGGAUGUAAGUAUGAAAAGAUAGCCUGCAGGGGUCUCGUUGCAAGAUCAAUCAAGCAGGUCUUUCCAAGCUAAAACUGGAAACACUGUUACAGUGUUUGGCAGAGUAGUCUGUGUGUGCAGGAGCUUUUAUAACAGAGUUUUCUCCUGCAGUCAGCUACUUUGUUCACUUGUGAAGGAAAAUGUGUCAGUUCAGAUACUGGCUCAGGGACUUCUUGAUAUUAUUUUUGCAGGAAAUGACCUUUUGUUAAGUCAUGCUUUUUUAACCUACACCUCAUGAUUUUUACAACUGUGUGAAAAAUUUGAUGCUGACUUUCUACUGUGACACACUUUGAUGUCUUAUUAGCAUUAGGCCUGAGGUGACUGUGUGUUCAUUCUUUUGCAGAAAGCCAUCCUGCACUAAUGCUGGACUAACAGAUCUGAAAGUGGAGGAAUGUGUUAAGGACUGCCUGCUGUGAACUCUUGACUUUGCUGAGCCCACUGAUAUUCUUCUUCUUUGGCUGUGAGAGGAGGUGUUAACAAUGGGGAGGAAAAAGAUCCAGAUCACCCGGAUCAUGGAUGAAAGGAACCGACAGGUCAGUAUCUUCCUCCAACAUCUUUUUACGUCUGAGGUGUUGUGGUUAAUCAUUUUUCAUUUACCCUUAAAGAACGCCAACUUAAUCCAUUGCUUUGCUGUUGAAGGUGAUCAAUGCUGUCAAAAGUUGAGGACCAUGAUCUUGUGGUUAUUUUAAAAUGUGCUAUAGAAAUAAAGUUGAUUGAUUGAUUGAUUGAUUAAUGUUCAGGGUCAGUGAAGUCUGAUACCUAAUGUGGGGACCACAUGACCUCCAGAGGAGUUCUGUAUCAUUUUUUUUUCUUUUUCUUGAAGUGAUCUUAGAAGCUCUUAUUGUCCCUCUCUCCUUUUUAAAGCAGUUUCUCUGUCUUCUUCAUUACUUCCUUUUUUAAACUAACUUUACUUUUUUCCAUGUAUAUAUAUGACAUACAACAAACAAGGUUUAUCAAGUACACAUACACAAACAAGGUCAAAGAAAGAGGAAAAAUAAGGAAAAAUAGAGGCAGGAACUUUAAUAUCAGUGCGUGAGUUCAUGUUCAAGUGCAGUAAAUGUUUCAGUAUUUACUGUCCAUCUGUCCGUGUUCUGUCCGGAUAGAUAGAUAGAUAGAUAGAUAGAUAGAUAGAUAGAUAGAUAGAUAGAUAGAUAGAUUAGAUAGAUAGAUAGAUAGAUAGAUAGAUAGAUAGAUAGAUAGAUAGAUAGAUAGAUAGAUAGAUAGAUAGAUAGAUAGAUAGAUAGAUGAUGGAUGGAUGGAUGAUCAGAUAGACAGAUAUUGAUAAGAAUGGUAAUUUUAUUUGUAUCAUUAUUAUUAUUGUUAUUAUUAUAAGAACAUUAUAAGGUAUUCUAUGUAAUCUUAAAGGACAAAGUCACUGAAUUAAUAGCACGACUUUUUCCUAUGCUUUGCAUGCCUAUAGUGUGUUUGAGACUAUAUUGUGUCCAUAAGGCUGAAUGGUAUUACUUUGAAGAUGUAUUCCUACUUAAAAGUCAUUAGCCAUGUAAUUGACAUUGGCCAGAAAGAAGUGUAUUAUUGAUCAGUGAGAAUAAACUGUGCAGAGGUUUGAGGAAUAUUUGGAAAAAACAACACUGAAAGGUUUCAUCACUUGGAGAAGGGAUUCCUCAAGGAGCCGUCCUCAGCCCCCUGUGUUUUCAGUCUAAAGAACUCCAAAGAUUCCUCUGAGUUGUGUUACUUUUGUGAGUGCAGUGGUCACAGCUGGUGGCAAGGGCAGUAAUUUGGGGUUAGCUGAGUCCGGUCAGCACCCUGUCAUUAGCAGGGUGGGUCAGUGUUUGGGACACACAGUGGCCUUCUCUCCUCACUGUCUCCUUGUGCAGCCACACCGCUGCCCACUGGAAUCCCUCUCUGUCUGUCUCCUCUAUAUAUAUCACCCCCAACAGCACAACAAAUACCAGCCUGUCUGGAAGGAAGGCUUGGGCUUUGGAAAUAGGGAUGUGGCUGGAAAAUAAAUAUCUUGGAUGAUCUUUAUAUUUAAUGUUUGGUUGUCUUGGCCAGAGCAUUUUUAGAUAGACACAGCUUUUGCUGUUGGGCUUGCAUCACUGGAGCCUGCUGUAUAUUUAGGCUCUUGUGCUCUAUUUUUGGAAAUUGGCUUGUAUUCUCCUUUUAACUGUCAAGUUGUAUUAGCUUGUUUCUCUUUUUCGGUAUCACAUUAAACACUGUAUGCCGAAUAUAAAAUGUUGACAUGUGAAGUAAAGGAAAUUAAAACCAUUUCUUUUCUGUAUUUUCAUAAACAUUGAUUUGUCAGACCAGGUGAAAAGGGUUAUUAUGAAACCUUUGUGGACUGGUCUUUUCAAGGAAAGAAACCAAUUUGGAUUGUCAUUGAAACCAUAAUAAGUAAAACUGGGAUAUCUCUGUCACUACCACCAUACAAUCUUGUUAAAGGUGCAACUUUUAUUUGGUAACAUCUCCUGCUCAAUAUGUUUGGCUUGGUUAAACAUAAACUUGAUGGCCCUUCUCAUAAAAACCUUCACCAAUCAUCUUAGUGAGAACAUAUUGCGCUUUACAUGUUUUCUAAAACAAAUGAAUCUGUAAGGCAGACAAACUAUGGCAUUGUACACCCUAGCAACCCACUGAGCAGACAUUCAAGUGUUUGUGCUCUUUUCCUUCCAGUCUUCUGUGCUAUGAAAUAUAAAAAGCCAAGGUGCUUUCAUGCAUAUGAUGGCAGACUUGGCAGUUCCCUGAGUAAAAGCCUCUGAUGAAGGCUGGAAGCAGCUGCAAGUCUCCAGGUUGAACACAUUUAACUCAAAAACUGAUGGGUAUGGGCUUAUGGAGGCUGCACCCUUCACUUUGCACAUGUAAGUCAUCUAAUAACCACCAUUUGUAGAUGCGACAAAAAAAAGAUAAUCUGUGCAUUUACCCUUUACCCCUCUUACCCUUUGACCGCUUGACGUGGGAGUAAUAUUGACCAUGUUACAGCAGGCUUUGUUUCAUAGGGGACAAAGAUUCCUCAUGAUGAUGAAUGAGCACCUAUAACCAGGUAGUUUCAUCCUUAUGAUAAUUGGCCUUCAUGGCCCAACCACUGAUGACUUAGCUAAAAUUAAGGCUAAGGACACUUCAAAAUGUGAACAGUUGAGGUUCCCUCAGUCUGUUCCCUGAAACAGCUCUCACUUUCACUUUCACGCAUUACAAUCAGCUCAAGGUUAAUGGUGAGCCACUGUAUGGUUCCGUUUCAAUGAGGCCAUUUGCAUAGAAAUAAAUAAAUAAAUGACUGAUCUUUAAUUUAUUUGAUUAAUCAAUCAAGAAACGUUCUUAAAAUGUCCAUGUAUUAUCAGAUAGACAUGCCUAGGUAAACAAAAAGGGAGGUCAAACUUUUUUUUAUCACUCUUUUUGUUUUUCAAAGAAGAGUUUUUAAAGUUUAAAGUGAUUCUAAAUUGCCUCACCGUGCACGAUGCAGAUCAUGGGUAAUCAUUUUAAAUAUGUUUUAUAUCAUUAUCAAUCAAUAUAAUCAGGAUUAUGAUUUUUUUCUAUAAAUGACCAAACCUGGUGAGCUAUGAUAAAUGAUUUAUUAAUCCAUGAUAAACACUAAUUAUUAACUCUUUAAAGUGUUUAUUAGUAUCCUAAAGGUCUUUACAGUGGUGUGUUAACUAUUAAUUAAUGCUUAUUUUGAAUGUUUGCCCUAAAUUUUAUCAUCUAGUGAAAGAAUUUUUGAUUCAUGUUUAGAAUGUUGAUCAAGUAAAAGAUGAGAUAAUGUGAACAGUCUAGUCAAACCUCUCUGCAGCCAACAGUAGGAGGCUGUCUCUGAGCUGCAGGACUGUAAAUGUGUGGAGGCAGACAUGGACAUGGAGGAAAACACCAGAUACUUACACAACAUUGCUGGAAGUCUUGAAGGUGUGAGAAGGUGUGAGAGUCAGAGUCAGCUUCCAGAUAUGUGUUGACAUGAGUCAGGAUCCCAGAAGCCUGAUGGAAGGAAGACAUACUCAGAUAGAUACAGAUGACUCACUGCAGGGAGUGAGCUCUGCACAAAAACAAGGAUGAGAAAGUAUGAGGGAUGUGUGACCUGUGGGAUGUGUGUGGGAUUAGUGUGAGCUCCACUUAGUUCACCCUGAAGCCUUCUGAUAGAAUCGGAGGGGAUCAUGAAUUUUACAGGAAGGAUGAUCAUUUCCCUUCAGGGAUCAAUAAAGUUCUUCUUCUCUUCUCUUGUUUUAGAAAUUACAAUGAAAUACAACCAGACUGAGACUCUUGCUGUCAAUAAAUGCACUUGGAUGGGAAAUUGCUUAUCAAUGUUGAACACUUUGACACAUCUUUCUUUCUCUCUCCUCCCACGUUUGUCAUCCUUUCUAUCAGUGACUUUCAAGUUGAAGCCUCCCAGUUUUUGGAUUUAAAAGUCAGAUCUUCCAGGGUGACCUCCCUCCUCCUCCUCCCCAUGUCACACAGAAACAAUCUGAGUCACUUUUCUGAAAGUUUUGUAGAUUUUAGUGUCACUAGCUCAUGCUGCAGCUGUUUUUCUUUGGUAUGUUAUCAGUUUCGCUGAGUCAUAGCAAUGAACAAACUCAAAUUCUGCAAAAUAUCUGUGUAAGUUUGUUACACCCCACAUUGCUCAGUGAAGAAGCUUCACUGUGAUAUCUGUGAGGUAACUACCAGGCCUUUUGUUUUUUUGAUAUUUAGGUUGAAAUUGUUCAGUUUUCUGCUAAAAUUUAGGCCCUUUGCACCAGGAGUGAACAAAUUAUUAUUCUUUAAGUUGAAUGAUAUUAAUCAUAAUGUCAUAAAUGUACAAGAAAUAAGGUCUUCUUGUUUUAGAUGAUACAGAUUAUGGAAACAAUAGAAAAUACUUGAAAAUAAGUUUUUGAAAAAGCCAGAAAGUCAGUCAGCUGUUAAACUUGAGUGUGGUUCUACCUAAAGCAGCCAUGUGCCUUGUGGUUUCUGUCCUUCUAGGUGACUUUCAUGAAGAGGAAGUUUGGUCUGAUGAAGAAGGCCUAUGAGCUGAGUGUGCUGUGUGACUGUGAAAUCGCCCUCAUCAUCUUCAACGGCUCCAACAAGCUGUUCCAGUACGCCAGCACCGACAUGGACAAAGUCCUGUUGAAAUACACAGAAUACAAUGAACCCCAUGAGAGCAGAACUAACUCUGACAUCGUCGAGGUGAGUGUCAGAGUGUUUUAGUUUGGGAGAUCAUCUCCUUCUGGUCACACGAUGCAAGUUUAAGUGUUAACAUGGGCACAGUUUCACCUGGGAAAUGGGGUUUACAAUACAACUUUUUCUUUGACUAGACUUUGUUGAACAACGUGGAUUCUCAUUUCCCUCUUUGUAAGUGAUGGGUGAUUUAUUAAAACCCAGUUUAAACUUAUAUGCCACAGCUGAGUGGUUCAAAAUGAUAGAAAAGGUGAAAAAUGGUUCCUUCCGAAAUUUUCAGCUUAGAAGAUAGCAGUCAUGUCAAGGAAAACAAUCGGUAUUUAUUUUUGCAGGUUGUCAGUUAGGGCCUGUGUCCACCAACAGUCUUUUUUGCAACGAGUAAGGUUAUUUUCUUUACAAAACCAGUGCAGUCCCGCACUUGAGUUUUAAACAUUGGCUAAAGACAGAAUGUCGCCACGUGGUCUGGAACUACAAAAUCUAUGACUUAAAUCUAUUAUACAUUUUUUAAAAUUAUAUUUAUCAAUAAGAGCAAACAUAAGGCACACAGAGCAAUUUAAAACAGACCAAAGACCAACAAAGAAAAGACUGAGACCAACCUUAAAAACCCUCAAGAUGCAUGUGCCAUGAGUGAUGGGUUUGCUCCCUUUGAGGGUUUGUACCCUGACCCAUUGGGAGAGUGUUUGAAGCACAGACUGGAGCAACUGAGUGAACGGAGAGUAACAUACCAAUAACAGCUUACUUCAACUUUUUGUGGUUGCUUUCCUGCUCAUUUGGAUGUUAUCCUAAGACUAUUGUGAUAUAGGAUGGUAUGGGAUUUUAAAGUUUGAUUUUUCAUAGGUGUAAUUGUGUUUAAUGUUCCUCUUUGCUGGGAAGGUAGCGGCUUAAAGUCCUGUGGUGGACGACAUUGAUCAGGAUUGUUUUGUUUUAACACUAAAUCCAUGAUCAAUGAGUAUUUGUCAUCUACAUGAUCUAAAAUGCUGUGGGGAAUUGGCAUUUGGUGCUUUAUUUUGGAGUUUCGUAUCAAUUAAGAAAGUAAAGUGCAGGAAAAAUAUCUAAGUUGAGCAAACACUUUCAUCAAAAUUAGUGUUCAGGUUAGAGGUCAUUUGAAUCAGCUAAUACAAGGGACAGUUGACUCUGUCUGUAGCAGGUGAUAAUGUUUGAGAGGGUGAAAAACCGUCAGCCCAAGAGAGGACUGUAAAAGCAGAACUUUUGCCUGUGCUGUCGUCUCUGCAGGCGUUUCUCCGUUUAUAAAGUAUUAACACACAGAGUCAUAGCUGUCCCACUGGAGACCCAGUAAGAGAUAAGAUCCAGCCAUUAGCCUAUUUUGUGGGGUCCUGCAGCGUCAUCAGGGUGUUGACGCUGGUACUGUUGCAUCAUGGUCCCUGAGCAGAGCUGUCCUGUCUCUCACAGCACACGCUCACUGCCAUUAAAAAUGAAUGGUCAUCGUGACUCACGUUCUGCCUGUUUAUGUAAGCCCCUAAUGUGUGUUUGCCUAGCUGAGAGCCUAAAUUUGUUGCUUUCUAUCUCUCUCUUUCUCUCUCUCUCUCUCUCUCUCUCUCACACACACACACACACACACACACACACACACACACAUGCUCACUCACUCACUCACUCACUCACUCACUCACUCACUCACUCACUCACUCACUCACUCACUCAUCAGGGCUGUAUGGAAAGCAAACUCUAAACUAAAAGAAACAAAAACUUCCCAAACUAAAUGUGUUUAUUUUCAAAGUGCCUCCUCCCUCCUUACUGAGGCUCUGGAAGAGAGUCUUGGCGUGUUUGCAAGUUUUUUUCUGCCCUCAGUUGGUCUUUCUUCCCCAAAUCACAGACUGGUAACUUUCUUAUUUAAUCUAAAAGUGUUUCAGGAGGAGAAUCAGACCAUAGGACUGCAAGAAAACAAACAGCAAAAACUCUUGCAUCAUGUUUUGGUUUGAGGUAGGGCAGCAAAUAAUGACUGUUCUGAUUGUUGCAAAGAUAUAGAGUAUUCGAAUAUUAAAUCAGAUGAUUACACAAUUACACAAUGGUCCUUGUCCUUCUCUCAGAUUUUAGAUUCAAAUUAAUUCAAACUGUAAACAUUAGACCGCUUAAAGUCCUAAAUCUAGUAGAACAAGUGUUAUAAGGGAUAACUUACUAUGAGGUGUUGGAGAUGAGAUCAAAGACAGUUGCCAUCUUUAAGUAACACACCUCUGAUAUCUAGACACCUUGAAUGGCAUUGUCCGGCUCAUGGUCACUCACCAAUAAAAAUAUUCAAAGACCAGUGAUUUAAUGAGUUCAUGCAUUUGUGGUCAAAAUAGUAGAGAAAAACUGAACUGAAAUGUUUGUCAGUCUGUUUCCCUAGCAACACCUGAGUGCUUGAUUAAAAACUGGGAUCACUGUCACAAUCCCAUAAGGUUUGAAUCCCACCAAAGUGUUGUUUAGUACUCCAGUAAGUAGGACAGUUAUAGAUACAGAGUAAAGAACUGUUAGUUUAGGCAGGACACAAAGGUGAAGGUCAGUCCUUAAUAAACCAGCUGAUCCUAACACCAUCCCAUAUCAACUGAUAUCUCAGCUGAUUACCCUUCUCACACCAGAUUGCCAAAUGUCAGAAAGCAUGUUCUGUUGAAACUGCUUCAGCCUGCCUUCACUUGCUGUUUCCACCUACAUCUAGUGCCAAAUACAACUGAUGCAUGGAAGUAACUCAUUCUUUGACAAAAGUGGUCCUGACUGAAUUGGAAAUAAACUGAUCCUUUGAGCUGACUGAACCCUUCCAGCCUUCCACCCAGCCGAGAGGGGUAAUGCUACGCUUGCAGAGAUAGUAAGGAUGCAGGAUGUCUUAUUCCAGUUCCAAAGGACUUCACAGAUCAAUUAUCAGUUUUAUUUGUCAGCAACUAAAUUUUGUCAUUGAUUUUUGUGGACUAUGUCAGUGAAUUAUUGCAUCUGUAGUCUGUAAAUCCACUUUUUUAAGCCUUUACUGUAGUGUGGCAUGUUUGUGGGCAGUCUUAGUUUUAUGUACAGUACCUACAAGUGACUAUGUAUCAACAAAAUGGCAGGUGCCGACUGCUGUGUCAAUUUUCUGACUGACAGGUUAAAAUGAUGGUAACUUGUCAAUCACAGACAGCCACACUCCUUACUUUGGUUUCAUUCUGGCUUGAAUUGAGACCAUACUGAACUUUAAAAAAAAACACCAUGCUGCAUUAAAGAGGACUUAAAACUGGGUAUGGGGACCAUGAACUAGUUUGGGAUUCUUUUUCCUAAUAACGUUUAAGGCACUUUUUACAAUAGCUUCACUUUUUACCAUAGGAUAGAACUUCAACAUGCAUGUGAAACAAUAUGACCACAGCUGUUUAGGGCUGACUUCACCCUCUUUGUUGCAAUCACAGUAAAAGUUAUCAGCUUGCAUCAUUAAUGUUGCCCAUAAUGAUACCAUUCAGCAUUGUUGUUUGUUCUGCUGCUGCUGUGAACCACAAGCAGACACCUGUGUUGGCUCUGUGAGCAUUUAGCCAGCCUUGAUUUGCCUGCUCUGAGUCCUCAUUUGUUUUUACCCACAAGUGUCAAGCACACAGACUCGGCUGAAAAAAAACAAGGCCUAUAAGUGAGAAGGUUGGUCUUUUACAUAUCGGUCGGUCCAUCUGCAACAUUGAGGCACCAGAUUUGUUUAUGUGUAAAGUUAAAUUCCUGCAGGCUGCAACAGACUCUGCAUGUCGUGAGGGAGCAACAGAAAGCUUUUGUGGGUUCUUUGUCAUUGUUUGGUGUUUGCUGAUGAUUAUCUGUCAGGCACACACAGACAAACGGCUCUCAUGCUUCUCUGCCACACAAAGAAACAUGUCACAGCGGCAUCCAAUUUAUAACUGUGUCAUUCUGUUUUGGCUAUUUUAAUGUCUUUUAGAGGUCAAGAGAAAUUUGAAUUCUCCUUUUAACACAGUGACACUGCAGCUUUUGUUGUUUUUCAAUUAUAGAUGGGCCUUUGCUACCUAUGCACUGUCUUGCUUAGAGUCAGAUAGAAGUAUUGAUACUGUUCAUGUUCCUUUGAGGUUCUGACCAAACCCUGCAUACACCCCUAAAACUGUGCAUCUCUUUUUCACACCCAGGUUUGGGAAAUUUCUCGCAGUAUUUGACACCUUUAACAACUUUUUUUUGAAUGGUCACAAAUCUGUGGACUUUUUUUUAGCAGCAAGUUUUUUUUUCUAAAUGGGCUCUAUUUUCUUGUCCACCAGUGGCGUGGCGUAGGGUGGCACACCCACGCAGUGGUAAUUUAGUGUAGCACAGCCCGGCACACUGGUAAGUUCGUAGACUAAGGUGCAGUGAGAUGCGCCAAGCUGGAUGUGGUGGCGCAGUAGAGGGCGAUUUCGACAGAAUCAGACUAGCGCAGGAGUGCACACACACCACCAAUGCCUCAUCGGCAGGUUUUCAUAGUGUCAGGCACAUUUCAGAGAAAUACAUUAUCAACAACAACCGAUAUUCUGUGCAACUAUCUGAGUCAGCACCUAUAUUUAGUUCUAUAUCGAUAUCUAUAUCUUAUCUGAUGAGCACAUUUGGCAAGCGUUUAGACACUCAACCUGAACGAAUAAACACAGCUCAAACUGCAUUAAAUUAAAUAUCCAAUAAAUAGUAACAUUUGGAUUCUACUGAUGGAAACAUUAAUGGAAGAAAGAGCCAGACCAUGGAGCGUAAUGCCUACUUUAGGCACUGGUGGAUCCCAUUUUAAUGCCGCGAAGCAUAGCAUUUGUUUAUGAUGUGAUCUGUGCGCAUAACCCACCUUUGUCACAUGGGGGUUAAAUAUAUGCAACUUAAUGUGAUUGUCUUUAUUUGUUGAAAAGGGUGUUUGUCUUACCAGUGGAUCCAACCUUACACACACCAAAUUCCUCUGUAGUUACCUAAGUGCAGAGGAUGCAACAUCCUCCACAGCACUUAGAGCUACACUUGCUGAGGAGUUUACUUUACAGAUUUAUCAAUAUGCCUCUAUGGUGGCAGAUUUAAAGGAGAGGAGCUGAUGUUAUUGGUAACAAUUGGAUCCGGCUGUGUUAAUCCCACUCCAUGCCUUAUCCCCUCCCUCUUUCCUACUUGCACUGCUUGGAGCAGCUGAGUUGGGGACUACUGGGGGCUACUUGCAACAGGCUGCGCUGCCUACCAAAAUACCAAAUUGUGCUUGGCCGUGCCUCAUUGGUGCGGCGGACCUGACCUGACCUGACGUUGUUGGCGAGGCACAAAAAUAGAGCCCAAUAUCAGAAGGAUUAAGAAGAACUGGCUGUCAUUUUUUAGCGAAAAUACAAGCCUUCAUUUGAAAUUUGGGUAAAAAUUUAUAGUGACACUUAUAUGAUCUGUUUGAAUAAAACAAGGCAUUAGCACAUCACGUAACAUGACCAUUGCCUGCACUUUUGAGAAAGAGUUGUCAAUAUGUGUGUGUGUGGGGUGGGGGUGGGGGGGCAGUUUUACCUUGAAAAAAAUACAUUAAGGCUCAUUUAAAUAGAUGUAAAAAAAAAUAAAAAAAAACACUGGUGCACAGAGAUGUUUGCAUUCAACCCUUUGGAGUGUUUUGUUAAUUAGACAGAUUAGACGUUUUUUUUUUUUUCUUCAUAUUUCCAGAGCAAUAGAAGAAUAAAAGCAGCAUGGUCCUUUUUCAAAGAAGACCCUAGUAGAAUAAGUCAUACUGGAUCAUUGAAAUUAUUGUUCAUAGAUAAAGUUUUGCUAAAAUUAAGAACCUGGUGUCCAUGCCCUUCCCUAAUUUGCAAUUUUGCAAAAGUGUACUCAGUAUCUCUUUGUACCAAUGAUUAUAAGUGUAGUACCAAAAAUGAACUUUAAAUUCAGGGUUUAUAUAACAACUAACUUUGGAAAUGUAACCCUUCAUAUCUAGCUCCAUAUUAAAAACAUUGAAUUGUAAUCUUAGCCCCUUAAAUGAAGGUAAAUCCAGACAGACUUGUUUUCAAUUAAACUAGUCUGCCAGUUUAAACAACUAGAGCAACUUGGAUCUUCAAUCCUACAGACAUAUUUCUUUUGUCAUAAUAAUGAGGCAGAUUUGUGCGCAGCAGCGUUAAGUUUCAGCAAAAACGAUCCAAGACAUGCAGCGCAGUGAUUUUAGCCUGCAGAGCAGAGAAAAGAAUGAGAAAUACAACAGGAAGAAAAAAAGAGUGUCCUGAAACUCAACGCUGUGGUGUAAAGUGUAACUCAAGUGCAGGGGAAUCUUAAAAAGCAGUUUGUGUGAACUGUAUGGACCUGUCUUUAAACAUGUGAGCUCAUCUGCCAGAGAUGUGUUGAAUCACAUCUCAAACACUCCCGUGCCCACUCUAUUCUUAGCCAACAGGGCACCUCCCAACUGGAAAAGACUCACCCAAGUGAGAGAGGGGGUCUUAUUUUAUCUUUGAUGCAGCCCCAACAGAAACAAGACAUCAGCCUUCACAUGUUAGGAUGCUUAGAGCAGCAGCUUGUGUCUUUGUGCCUCAUGGUGGCAAUGAUCCACAUGCCUGUGGAAGUCCACUAAAUCCCACUUUGAAAUUUGAGAAGAUAAGGAGACACACACUCUCAGAUCCUUUAACAGACACUUAAAGGUAGUCAUCAGUGCCCAGACAUGAUGUAGUGGUUUAUACAAGCAUCUGCAGAACCACAUUUAGCAUGGCAGAUCCACUAAAUCCCACUGGACUCCUCCUCUUAAAAGUCAACCAAGUGUCCCCCUGUGCCCCCGUCUGUCCAAUGCUUACACACAGGAUCGACUUUUCAUAACAGGUGAAACUCUCUUUUAUUUUCAGAUUAACUUUCAAAUUUCUCCUUCUGUGCAAUCAAACCUCAAUCAAAGCAGAGUUUUCCUCUCUGGUUGAUAAAAAGAUACAGACGAAGGCCAACAACAAGGGCUGUCAUGAUAUUACGUCUUCACCUCACGAUUAUUGUGGCAAUGAAAUAUCAUGAGAACAACAUAUUUUUUGGAAACUUGAAAUAGACCAACACCGUCUGUCCGUUUAGGAAAGGCAAGGCAAAGGUGGAGCAACACAUCACUUUAUAAACUUGAGUGACUUACUUUUCAUAAUCCAUUUUUAACAAUGUCAACUUUAUGAUUUAUCCACAUCAACACUAUUGUACCAGAUUUUUUUUAGAUAGGACGUCACCUCAUGAAAUUGAUGGUUUGUUAGGCUUUAAUUUUGUUAAUUUUGUUUUGUGUUUUCAUGGUCUUGUGUUUUCUGCAAGCCUUUUAUUUUGAAGUAUUAGCUUCUUCAUGUUACUAGCUAAGAUAACCAUGUGAAGUAGAGUUUGAUGUGUACAUGAUAUUGGAUUUAUACAUUACUCCUUUUUUUAACCAUAGUAUUUACCUUGAAUUUUUAUUUCUUUUUUUAUUAAUUUAUGAUGGCUAGACAGACAGCCAAAACUCCUUUGUUGGAAAAUGUUACUGAGUUAGAUAUUUUUCUGCCUUUAUUAAUUAAAAUGUUCUUAUUGUUAUGGUUAUUAAAUUAAUUAAAAUUUUGUAUUCAGUACCAUGUGAAAAAAAACAAACAACAACAAAAUGACACUGUGGUAUUUGCCCUCAGUCCGCUGUCUUUGAUCGGUUUCACCACAGGACCUUGAAAAACUCCAAGUUGUUGACCACAAGAUUCUACAAUUAGCCUGCUGACAGCUAUUGCCUCUUCUUCUUCCCACCUAUACUUUAUGGUUUGUAGUGACCAGCGUGGAGAGCAGUGACUAAAAACCCAUGGCCAUCACUGUAUGCUUAUUUUUAGCAAAAUAUCAAUAAGGAGUGGACUGAUAUCUGAUACCUAUUUAGAGUAAUUCAUGAGGCCCAUAUUUGUAACUCAUAUGCGUUAACAGUAGGCUAACAGGGACAGCUUUCUGUCAAAAAAGAGGAUUUAGAAUAUCACAAACUUCAGGUCAAAACUUUCUGUAAAUGCCUUUGGCAAAUGUUAAAGCAACACUGACAUGUUAAGCAUCAUAUACAAAAGUUAACAGUUAACCAGUUACAGUCAAGUUCAGUCACACUAUCAGGUGUCAUCCGCUAAUGUGGGCGGGACAUCAGGUGAGACCAGUGGCGAUUGCUCUAAGACUGCAAGGGAAGCUCGGCUUCCCUUAAAAUGUCACCCCUCAAAAUAAAGAAAAAGUGGUGAAAUACGUACUGCUGUGUGUACAUUUCAUUAACUAAAUACGCGCUAGAAAGCCUUCAUCUUUUGUUCAGACACUGUGAUAAGAAGCUGAUAAUCACAGGUAACCGGCAUAACUUCGUUCUCAUUCAUCCUCGCAGCGCCUCAGCGCUUUAAACAGCCGGACGCUCGGCUUCUGCUGUCUUCAAUGUGGAAGCUCAAAGUGGGUUGUUCCAGCAGUGAAACUAGACGCUCAUUGGAUAAAUGCUGGGCUUUGUCCCGCCCAUCGGAAGCCCAGCUUCACUGGAGUUCUAUGGCGAGAGGGCGGUCCCGACUUUCUCCCGUACUCCAAGCUUCUGCAUUCAUGAUUGGAUGAGCUGUCUGAGGCGAAAUCCUUUUUUGAUUGACAGCUAAACAAGCGAAUCAGCGAUCUUGAAGAAUAAAACAUCUACCAGAGCAUUUUCCAAGUUAUUCAUUCCGUUGUUCUUAACUGCUCCGGAGACCUUACCGAUCCUCAGCGACUCUUGUCUUUGUUAAAAACGACUGCCGUUGUGUUUGGCGACUCUGUUCUGUUACAUACUAAUAAACAAAUACAAUUAUGAUGUAGGCCAGAAAAAUGAGCUUCCCCUCCUUGAAAGACCAGCAGCCGCCACUGGGUGAGACAUAGUGGUGGUUGAAAUCAGACCCAGAAGAAAGGACACAUUUAUAGUGGAGCCAAAGUAUUUUAACUAACUUAUUUUAUCAGCAGCCUGUGAAGUAAGAGACUAAUACAGAGAAUCAUCUCUCUGCCAGUAUUGGCUCCAAUCAUCUGCCAAGGCCAAUGAUUUGCCUAUCCCCAAUAUCAAGCUGUAAUUUUUUAAAACUCAGUUAUUGCCAAUACCUGUAUAUAGCAACAGCUCAACCAAAUACACAGUUGAAAAGAGGAACGUGCAAUGAAAAAAACUGAGAUCAUCGCCUUUAUAUAUUAAGGAGAAGUCUGAGUGUACACUCAGCAGUUUUGCAAAAGGCUGAUCAUCUGGUGUCAUAAAACAUAAGAAUGAACAAUGUUUGGACAUUUUAAAAAACCUUGAGUGAUAGCACAGUUGAUGACAUAUUUCAUCUAAAAACAGCUGUAAAGAAAGGUAAGGAGGAUGUGAGUUUACACCUGAAUCAGAGCCGUCACAGAUAAACACCUGGCCAUGAGAAAAAAAAGAGCGUCAUUACCCCAUCUGUGGAAAUUUGUCUCCUUUCUCCUUACUUCAUUAAUGAAAAGGGUUCAUUCUCAAUAUCACUCCCUCUAGAGUCUUUUCUGCUCACUUACAUGUUUACAAUACUUAUAGGGCUUAUCUGUUCACAUGCUGGGAUAUUAUAAUUGCUGUAAACACAGAGCCAAGUUGUGAUCAGCUGCUUUUGCAUUGUAAUUGUCAAGCUUGAAGCAGAGUCUAUAUCAGAUGUGGUGGCUAUAAUUAUGCUUGGCAAAGCGAGGAGAGUAUAACAUCAUUUAUGAAGCAAUUCAAAGUGCUCUACUGACAUAUUAGAAUAAAUAGUCUUAGUAUGUGGAGCAUUCAAAGAAACAUAGAAUCAGAAGCCCUAUGAGGAGUUUCUAACGUAUUGUUUAAGUAAUCACUUUUGAAUUCAUGUGCCUUUGCUCAGGUUUAUUGGGAAAAAAAGUCAGUUUUCUGUUGCAGUUAGGUUUUUGAUGGAGAGACUCUACAACCAGGGCUUUGUAAAGUAAAAGAGCAAAAUGGUAUUGAAUGAGAUUUAGGGCUCUGUUUUUGUGCCUCGGCGACAUCGUGUCAGGUCUAGCGUACCAAUGGGGCAUAGCCAAGCACACUUUGGUAUUUUGGGGAGUGGCACAGCCCCAUGCAAGUACACCUCCCCCCUUUCUCAGUUCCAUCAGGUGCAGGUAGGAAGGGGGGGUUAAUACAACCAAGUCCAAUUUUCACCAAUCACACCAGCUCCUCUCCUUACCUUUAAAGCCGCAAACGAUGGGGCGUAUUGCAAAAUUCAUGAGGUAGUCAAAGAAAUGGAAGACAGGAAUGCCACAAGAUGGUGACCGAGGCAGCCCCUCAAUAAGUGUCGGGAUAAGCACUGCGGAGGGCAUCCUCCACACUCUCUCAAAUAAGCACACAGGGAUUUGGUGUGUGGAAGGUUGAACCCACUGGUAAGACAAACAUCCUUGUCCACAAAUACUGGAUGUUACAUCUGCUCACCUUUUGGGAGCUGACUUAAAGUAAAAAACCAGAGUGAACAAGUUUUUGUAGUUAUGUUUCCGACAGUUUAGGGUGACGUAAUGAAGGGGUCAGAAAGAAGCAAUACUAGACUCAAACACCAACGUUUUGGUUAGCUGGACAUCCUUGUACUUGAGCUUGAGAGGAUAAAGAUGAUAUUUGAAACCAAUUAUUUUAAUGUUGCAGUAUGAAGCACAGUCUAUGCUUUAGAGUAAUAAAUCCAAAGGACUCAAAGGUAUAUUUAGCAUAUUGAAACGCCAACUGCUUUCUCCUCUUAUGACUGGACAUUUUUAUAGAUGAAUGAAAGCAGUAGGAUUACUUUCAGAGUAUGUGCUGACUUUAAUGUAUGACUCGAUAAUCUGUAUUUUUCUAAGCUUUCCAUCAUCGCUGUGCAGGUCAGAAGCUGCGGCCUCAUUAUAUCUCAUGAACAAAAUUUGUAAGUGACAGAGGAAUUGUUCCUUUGGUCUUGUAUACAACAAGCUAAAAAAAUGUGUGUCCUCUGUCUAUCUUGUUCUGUGUUUAGUGUGGAAAUAACCAGCCGUUGACUUUGGCAGGAAUGGAGCGUGUGACUUCUUUAGUGGUCAGCAGUUGUUAAAACGAUGUUUCAGGCUUGUGGUGAAAAUAGACUCGUGAGUGUGUGUUUAAAACUGCUAAUAGGCAGCCAUGUCUGGGAAUGCAGAGGACAUGUGGUGGACAGAGCCAGCUGGCUGUCAAGCUUUCCUCAACACGCAAUGACGUGUAACGUAAUGAGGAGCAGAGAUGAGAUGAUGGAUACCAGAGUAGUGAUGUCAUCAUCCAGGCUCGUAUGAUGUCUGUAUGAUUUGACUUUUUUACUAUAACCUCUCCACCAGGCUCCAGGUGCGGUAAAUUAACAUCCAUCAGUUCAUAUGUCCAAGUUUCAAACAAAUCAGCUAAAGAUCCCUUUUUCUGAAACAAUCCAACGUUGCCAACUCCUCCCUUGGCUUCAGUUUUUAUUUCUAAUAGAAACAACAUGUGGCUUGUAUUUGACAUUUCAAACUAAAGUUUGUGAAUUGUCCCAUCACUAAAUGUUCCUAAGAUAAAUAGUUAUUUUAGUCAUGAUGGGUAACAUGAAGACUUGUGUAAUCGAUCUCUGCCUCACAAUAUCAACAACAGUUCACUCAGGUUCAGGUUCAGGUUACUUUAUUAAUACCCGAAGGUAGAUUUGUUGCGCAGUGAAAUAAAGUGAUGACGCCCAUUUAUACAAGUUACAGUACAAAUAUAAAACAACCACAAAACAGAACACGUGAUAAAAGCGCCCCAAGGCUCCCCAGUCAGGACAUGAGAGGGAGAAAAACGUCAAUACAUAAAGAAAUGCAAAUAAAUAACCCAAUCACUAAAUGUUCCCAAGAUAAAGUUUUUUUAGUCGUGAUGGGUAACAUGGGUAAUCGAUCUCUGCCUCACAAUACCAACAACAGUUCACUAUCCUCCACAUUUACAUCCUCUCUCAGCUCGAUGGAGUGUGUCAGAGUUUGAGGUGAAAAAGACUUUGUCCCGUGGCAUUCAUUUAGUAGUAUACCUUUAACAACGGUCUUUGAAGAACGCUGAGUUGGGGAGGCCACACUCUAAAACACUUGGUUUAUUUCUUCAACCCAAUUCCUGGGUUUUAUGUGUUGAGUUAAAUUUCUGGGUUAUUUUUUAGGUCCAUCCCCAUUUCUUGGGUCAUAUGGAUUCCAUUGUAGCCCAAUUUGAGGGUUAAUAGUUAUGGGUUAUUUUUCUGAGAGUAACCCAAUAAUUGGGUCAGAACGUUGGGUUCGAUUUACUCUGCGUGGUUUCCAGCCCUAAUGGCAAUUAAAGUGACCUGGCGACCCUGUGAACUUUAACCUUGAUUUAUAUAUAUAUAGAUAGAUAUAGAUAUAUGUGUGUGUGUGUGUGUGUGUGUGUGUGUGUGUGUGUGUGUGUGUGUGUGUGUGUGUGUGUGUGUGUGUGUGUGUGUGUGUGCCAUCGACUGUAUAUAAGAUGGACAACGUGGUUCCGCCUUCCGCCUGUAUACGGAUUUGAAGCCAAAAAGCUCUUGGUAAUUCCGGGUUUUUCUCCACUUCCUUGAAACCAGAGCUGUGCAGUAGCGUUGCGCGCAUUCGGCCGCGCAGUCGCCGAGAGUCCCUGUGAUGACGCUCGGCUCAAAUAGCAUAUCCCCCCCGGAAGAGCUACGCAAUCCCUGAACGCCCAUAGGCUGUACCAGGUGUCAAUCAUAGAAAACAUGAACCCCCUAAUAACUUUUAAAAACGGAGCUGCACAGAAAAAAGAGGACUUGGGCACAAACCAGUCUUACAAUAACUACAUGUCAACAUCACAAGCAGGGGGGAGAAAAAUUUAUGUUCUGUGUAAUAAAUUUCUAAAGUUGGUCCACAGCCCCAUAAGCUUUGCUGGCAGAGGCGGGAUUUGUGACCUGUACUGCAGCUCAUCAACAGAGGGUGCUGUUCUCGGAGUGGCUUCACCCAGCGAGGAGGCAGACUCUGUCCAUCUUAUAUAUAGUCUAUGGUUUGUGCAUGUGUGUGUGUGUGUGUGUGUGUGGGUAGAGCAUUCAGUUCCUGACCAGGGGGUUGGGGUUCAAAUCCUGCAUGAGAGACAUCUAUAAAGAGUGAAGUACAUCUAUCUCUUUGGGUCCUUAGGCAAGCCAUAGACAGUGCAGGUUGUAAAAGCAAUGCUCCCAAAAAAAAGCCCCCCAAAUGCAUAUAUUAAUUUAACCCAAGAUCAUCUGUAACAGAAAUGUUUCUUGUCAAACAGGACCUGCUGCAUGUUGCAGCGCCGCUAGACUGUUUACCUUGGGUCCUGGACUAUGUCACUUUAUCCAAGUUGUAGAAGUCCUGCAAACAUUGUGUUUGCUGGUAGUCUGUUGGCAUCUAGAGUAGCACCAGCUGAGGGGAAAACUGGUUGGGAGGGGUAGAGUUUACAUUCAAGAUUUCUCCCCAAAACUGGCAUUCCCUCAGAUCCUGCCUACCCCACCUUUAAAUAUGAUUUUCUCUUUGUACAUUUGUACAGCUUAACCUGCAGCAAGGAUGCAGCAAUGAAUGGCGCCAACAGACAAUGGUCUUUGGAAGUUGUUUUUAAGCCCAUGGGGUGGUUUCCACUACAGUCAUGUCUGUUUUUAUCAUUGUGCUCAGGGGCGGACUGGGGAGGGGAGGGUGGCCCGGGAGUCAUUGCCAGAAAGGCCCACUUCCUGCGCGGUGUGGGCAGCAACCAAAUGGCAACACAAUUUUCCCGUACCAUGAGGGGAAAAAAAAACCUAAUUUGACAUUGUUUUGUUUUGUUAUAGUUAUCAUUAACCUGAACCCUUAAGUAGCCUACAAUAAAAUAACUACAGCAAUGAAGUGAUUUUAAAGCAUUUAGUGAUUUUAAUGCAAAAACAACUAGAGGGCAACAUAAAUACAACAAUAAGCCCAUUUCAAUAAAAAUGUUUUCAAAAAUAGAUAAACAACGAUGCUAACCACAUAGUCUUUAACCUUAACUUUAACUAACUGAAUAAUAUAAAAAUGAAAAUUAAAUUGAAAACAGCCCACUGACUAAAAACUUGAAUGAGGAUCCAAACAGCGUCGCCACAACCUGAUCCACCCCUGCCCCCUCUCUCUCAUGUUGCGGCCACGGCCCAUCGGCCCACCGGGGAAAUCCCUGGUGUCCCCGUAUGCCAGUCCGUCCUUGAUUGUGCUGCCUGAGGUCCAAAGAUUUUGGCCAUUAAAAAUUGUUGUGGCACUGUCCUUUUUUAAAGAGAUUUGUCUAAAUUCUGUGAAUCUUAAAUGACAUUAUGCUUUGUAGAUAAACAUGUUAGUCAUUAUUGGUGCAUUCCCACCUAUGUAAACCGGCUGUGCUGUGGGAACAGUAUCAUUAUGAUAACAAGCUUUUGAACUGUUGUUAGAGCCCGAUAUUUAAUAAUGACCCAAAUUCUUAUAAAAAAAAAACAAAAUUGUAAUCAAAUCAGAAAUGUGAUAAUUAGUCAAUAAUGUAACAAUGUAACAAGAUGCUGAGCCCAAAACAUCAUAAUUUUUUGCCCAAAAUGUAGCAACUUGUUGAAGAAAGAAAUUAGGCAAAGCUAAAAAGAUGUUUGGUAGCUAGUUCUAUGGCUGGAACCCUAUAUGUACUGUUGAUGAAGUUAGGUGCUGUUCUGAGCAUUAUUUGUAGGUUUGCAUGUGGAGAUAGAGAACGCUGUGUACUGUUAUUGUGCAGUCGUUAAUAAGUUUUUAUGACUAGAGAAGCAAGCAGUCGGCAACAUUCAUCUCUUGAGAGGGUGUCUAACUUAGUGUUUUGGUGUGUUUGACCCUAACUCAAUUUUACACUGGAAUAUCCCCUAAAGUUAGACCUGUAAGACCUUAGAGAAUCAUCCCUCUUCAUCCUAGCCCUUCCUCUCAUCAUACUAACAUGCAAAGAGAGAAAACAACGUGAAAGGACAUAGAGGAAGAGCGUAAUAUAGAGAGGUGGUGGGAAGCCUGUUUGGGCUACAACGCAGUCCAUCCAUGUUAGGCUGGACAAAUAAAUGUGUGAACACCUGAAAAAAAAACUCAGAGCUGUAGCAUACUGUUCUGCAAACAUUUUCAAACAACUAAAGAAUUGUGUGAUUAACUCUUAAGGCUGUUCUCCAAAAUGAAACUGCAAAACGAAUAAUGCACCAAAGAGGAAAUUUAGUUAAGAAAUAGUGUGUCAUUCUGACUUUAUUUGAAGUUAAAGUUAAGAAAGUGAUUUUAUUCACAAGCUGCAGGAAUAAAAACAUGACGAAAUAUCAGGAUACUGGGACCUCUAAAGACUCUGCCGCUGGUCCUGUCAGGGGUUGGUAGGCUUUCCUGCUCUUACACCACAUAUUCCAGAGAUGCCAAGACCUUACAAAUCCUAAUUAUAAUGAUUUAAGAUCAUGUCAGCUCAGCAGAAUCCGCUCCAGUCUUUAUUCCUGCCAUGUGUCAUCAUAUUUGUAUCAGCUUUUCUCUCAUUUCUUUAACCUCUUUGUUUGACAAGUUUAAGAGAUGAUUUAAUACACCAUAAUAUGAUAUAAAUGACCCUCUGUGAGAAGAGGUCAUAAACAGCUCGAAUGAAUACUGUAGUUAUUCUUCAUUGGAUGGUUUAUCCUGGUCAGUGGAGAACUUUCUGCUUUCAGUCAACUGCUUAUCAUUAGAAAGGGGAAGCAUCAGUUUUUACCUAAAGAUACAGUAAUGAGCUGAUUAUUUUGUACUUUACACUUCUUCCUAGCGCCCUCAUCUCUCUCAACUUGAUGGCCUUCUGAAUGUGUUUGUGUUUUUCACACACAGGCCCUGAACAAGAAGGAGCACAGAGGCUGUGACAGCCCUGAUGUCGACGCGUCGUAUGUUCUCACCCCGAGUACUGAAGAGAAAUACAAGAAGAUCAACGAGGAGUUUGACAACAUGAUGAAGAGUCACAAAAUUGUAAGGUUUUUUGUAUUGUAAGGCUGGUUUCCAUCUGCUCAGUUAGCCUUUACACUGAUAUAGUGAUCUACAUGUUUAGCCAGUGUGAAAAGGGGAGUACCAGUGAAGUGUAUAUGCACUGGUAUCAUUUUGCUGAGUGGCACAACAUCCUGUGAAAUGGCUGCUGUCAAUAGGGGAAACAACGGAAAUAGGAAUAAACCAGGGUAAUAUCAGCUUAUAUUGGGAACAUCUCGACUGAACUAUUGCACUCAUUUUGCUCUUUCAAUACUUCGGUCUGGGACACCUUUAGAGCCACUUUGCUGAUUUGCUGCUCAAAAAAAAAACGGAUUUCAGUUCUUUUCAGCCUCUACCUGGAAUGCCUCAUUUUAGCUGCCCGGUAAAUCAAGUUAGACAGAGCUCAUGGGUUAUACUUUCUACAUGGCGUUGUAGUCACAAAACAAGCAGAAAGUUAAGACCGUAUAGAAAAUCACAAAAUGCAGAGCAUUUGAAAAAGCCAAGCUGUGAAAUCAGUUUUCUAUCUGCCAGGUGGGCUAGUCUUUUGCAUAAACCCAAAUUUCAGCAAGCAUUUUUGUCUUAUUUCUAGAAAAAAAACUAUGUCUUAACACGCUUAAUUGAAGCCAUCUGUCUCAUUUUAAGAUAUUACAUGCCAGAAAUAACACAGAAAACACACAUGUCAAAGGAAUUAGUAAAGAUUUACUUGUCAUGUUGUUGAAAUAAGUCUUUUUCUCAUUUAAGGAAACUUAUCUCUAAUUCCAAAAGAAUUAAAAAGUGCAUUUCUUUUCAGUAUGACAGACAUAUGCUCCACCUCUGGAUUUUUGAGACUGAAACACUGAAACACAGAGUGCAGGGCAGCAGUUUAAAAACCAAAGAGCAGCUCAUACUGGGACUGAACAGUACAACAAAUCAACACCCCUGUUCACUUGUUUUAUUCUCCAGUCCACAGGCCUCUCUCAGCAGAACUUCAUGCAUGUGGCAGCAGGCAGCAUGUCAUUCAGCUCAGGAGUCGGAGGAGGAGCGACCUCUCAGGCUCUUGCUGCAGCAACAGCGGCUCUGUCUGACAGCGGGGUCCUCUCCUCUCCUCACACACACCUCCACAGGAGCAUCAACUCUUCACAGAGGCCACCCAGCACAGGAAACACAGGUGUGUGUGUGUGUGUGUGUGUGUGUGUGUGUGUGUGUGUGUGUGUGUGUGUGUGUGUGUGUGUGUGUGUAUGAACAUAUACUUUGAGGCCUUGGCUUUGUUUUCUGAAACUUGUGCAUGUAAAUGAGGAGGUUUACCUUAUUUUCUGGAUGACGGUUUGGACUAAGAGCUCACCUCAGAUACACAGCAGGUAUAUAAGGCUGUAUCACUUCAAAUAAAAGAGCAAUGUUUGCAGGAAAGAACAUUUUUAAGGGGCUAUUUGCUAUACCUGUUUAGAGCCAGUUUAAAGAAUGACACUUUUGGAAAGCAAUCUUAUUUACAUUGAAACAUGUCCAUAAUUUAGGCGCUAAACGGCCUUAUGAGCAAAGAGGGAAGCAGAGAGCUGGAGACAUGGGAAGGAGGUUGCUCAAGAAGAAAUAGCUUCUGUAACCUGAUGUGAUUUCAUAAACAUAAAUAUCUUAUGUUAGGUACAAGUGAGUGGUUGGAGAACUGUAACUGAAGACAAAUGAACUCAAAAUCUGUCUAUGUGUGUUUGUGAUAUUGUUUUUCAGGUGGUUUGCAUGGCAGCUCUGAUCUGGCUCUUCAAAAUGGAUCUGGACCAAUUGGUAAGUAUCUUUCGAGUCCAAAACAUGACUCAACUAUUCAGUAGAGGUGGGAGAAAAAAUCAAUACAGUCUAGUAUCGAGAUAUUUUGUCUGGUACAGUGCAUCCGGAAAGCAUUCAUACCACCUUACUUUUUCCACAUUUUGUUAUGUUACAGCCUCAUUCCAAAAUGGAUCAAAUUCCCUUUUUCCUUCAAAAAUUCUACACAAAAUACCCCAUAAUGACAAAGUGAAAAACUUUUUUUUUUUUUUUUUAGAACAUUUUGCAAAUUUAUUAAAAAUAAGACACGCAAAUGUUGCAUAUACAUAAGUAUUCACACCCUUUGCUUCAAAACUUAAAAUUGAGCUCAGGUGCAUCUUGUUUCCACUGAUCAGCCUUGAAAUGUUCCUCCAACUUGAUUGCAGUCCACCUGUGGCAAAUUCAGCUGAUUGGACAUGAUUUGGAAAGCCACACCUGUCUAUACAAGAUCCCACAGUUGACAGAGAACUUCAGAGCACAAACCAAGCCAUGAAGUGGAAAGAAUUGUCUGUAGACCUCCGAAACAGGGUUGUAUCGGUGCACAGAUCUGGGGAAGGUUACAGAAAAAUAUCUGCUGCAUUGAAGAUCCCAAAAAGCACAGUGGUCUCCAUCAUUAAGAAAUGGAAGACGUUUGAAACCACCAGGACUCUUCCUAGAGCUGGCCGCCCAGCCAAAAUUAGCAAGCGGGGGAGAAGGGCCUUGGUCAGGGAGGUGACCAAGAACCCGAUGGUCACUCUGAUAGAGCUCCAGCGUUCCUCUGAGGAGAUGGGAGAACCCUACAGAAGGACCAUCAUCUCUGCAGCAUUCCACCAGUCAGGCAUUUAUGGUAGAGUAGCCAGACAGAAGCCACUCCUCAGUAAAAAGCACAUGACAGCCCGCUUGGACUUUGCUAGAAGGCACCUGAAGGACUCACAGACCAGGAGAAACAAAAUUGUCUGAUCUGAUGAAAUGAAGAUCUAACUCUUUGGCCUGAAUGCCAAGCGUCAUGUCUGGAGGAAACCAGGCACCGCUCACCACCUCGCCAAUACCAUCCCUACAGUGAAGCAUGGUGGUGGCAGCAUCAUGCUGUGGGGAUGUUUUUCAGCGGCAAUCCUUGAUGAAAACCUGCUCCAGAGUGCCCGAGACCUUCGACUGGGGCGACGUUUCAUCUUCCAGCAUGACAAUGACCCUAAGCACACAGCCAAGAAGACAAAGGAGUGGCUUUAGGACAAGUCUCUGAAUGUCCUUGAGUGGCCCAGCCAGAGCCCAGACUUGAACCCGAUUGAACAUCUUUGGAAAGACCUGAAAGUAGCUGUGCACCGACGCUGCCCAUCCAACCUCACUUUUGCUUUGUCAUUAUGGAGUAUUUUGUGUAGAAUUUUUGAGGGAAAAAAGGAAUUUAAUCCAUUGUGGAAUAAGGCUUUAACAUAAAAAAAUUUGGAAAAAGUGAAGUGGUAUGAAUACUUUCUGGAUGCACUGUAUAUCGUAUCGCUUCAUCCACCAAGUAUUAUUUUUUUCAAAUGAAUUGCUAAUAUGAACUCAAAUCAUUUAUAAUGGUAAAACAAGAGCAACUGUUUGUCCAGUGAGGUUGGCAGAGGUGACAUCGAAGAGCAGGAGAAAGUUAGUGUAACAAACAUGGCAGCACCUGGGGAAAGAUAUGAGGAAUGCAAGCAGGGCCCAAAUUAGAUAGACCUGAUAUAAAAGGUUUGCGAGAUGUGCAACAUGAAACUAAGAUACAGUGUAAAUAAGACAAACAAAGGAAAUCAGUUGAAAAUUUAGAUAAAUCGCAGUACCUGGUAUCACAAUAAUAUCAUAUCAUUGGGCCACUAGUGAUUUUCACCCCUACUUUUCAGAUGAACAAAUUUUACAAAGAUUAACUCACUAAGUUUUAGAAGUGCAAAAAGCUGCAGUUCCUGCAGUUGUUAUGAAAGAAACCCAGACCAUCAGCAUUAGGGGUGAUUAUUUCUAUACUGUCUACCUUCAAAGGAUCAACAAUUGCAUCAGUAUCAGUAAAAUCGUAUUAGCUCUCAUCUCUGUUCAGAUGCAAAGAACAAACUCCGCCCACAGGCCUAUCCACAGAGGUCACCAUUCCUAACAUGACCUGCAAGUCCCUCACAGGAGCUUUAACCAGAAACACUGGUGUGCGUCUUUGGACUGCCCACGUCAAAUUGUAACUAAGUCACUUUUUAUAACCAGGAUAUGCAAUUUUAGUAUGAGUGCUACAGGAGACCUUUCUUUUAUUGCAGAAAAUCUUAUGUACCCCAGAGUUAUUUUGUACUGCCAGUGUUCAGCUGUCCUCACAAACUGUCCUCCUCACAGACAGUCCUCCUCAACAUCUUCGUGCUUUUGCUCCCAGAACAGCACGUCUCGUAUGAACGCUGGCAUUAUGUAAUGUCAGAGGCAAGGAAAGAUCAAUUAUUCAUUGUUAUCUCCUGUAUAAUAUAUAUCUGUACUUUCUCCAUUCUGUGGUGGUGGACAGGUUGAUCUAACACGUGGGACUCUAACCUCCCCACCUGCUCAAACUACUUUUCCUGUCUUCAAAUAUUAUAUAAUCCAGGUGCAUUGUGGGUUCAGCUGAAGAAUAAGAGUGCAAGAGUCUCUGAAAAUAUCCCUGGCACAAUAUUUGUUUGAACAGAUUGCACAUACACGCCUCCUGCUACAUGUCGAGGAGCUCAUAUUCUCCAUGAACCCAUCAGUCAGUCAACCUGUCAGUCAACUUUAAAGGAAAAGUUGAGAUUUCACUGCCAUCAUUGCUGAGAUCUCAGUGUUUUUCUAUGUUUCUGUGUUCAGUAAAUGGCUUUGUGGGCUCAUCUGGUGGAGGCAGCUUGGGGAAGAUCCUACCACCCAAAUCUCCUCCUCUUCCUCCACCCGGAAACAGUCUGGUCCCCACCAACCGCAAGACUGACCUCCGAGUGGUCAUCCCGCAGUCCAAAGGAAUGAUGCAAACUCUGGUAAGUGUGUGUGUGUGUGUGUGUGUGUGUGUGUGUGUGUGUGUGUGUGUGUGUGUGUGUGUGUGUGUGUGUGUGUGUGUGUGUGUGUGUGCGCGUGUACAUGCCCGAGUGGUGAAAACAGAAAGACACACACAUAGCUACUGGCUCAUAAAGUGCACUUUUCAAACAGAGGUCUUAAUGCUGCGAGGUUUAUUAGGAGCCAACUGUCCAUGAUGUUAUUUAAGUCUGUGGAGUUCUGGAUGCAGUUGAGAGCAGGGUAAACAUUAACAAAGAGCUGGUCAGCAACUUUCCACAGCAAUUGGUUCGACACCAUCUGGUCCAGAUGGUUGGUGAGUUUACAAAUGAAAUCCUUUGUUCUGGAUGGAAAAAACCUACUUAAUACUGGUGGUGAAGACUUGUUUACCUACUCAACAAAAAAAAAAAAAAAGUGUUGAAGUCAUGGGAUAUCCGUGCAAUAACCUCUAAUCCUCUUCAUUGUGGACUAACACUCUGUUAACAUUGAGGAUUUCUCACUCCAACACUUUGUGUGCAUUCUUAAGCUCUUACACUCAGACUAAGUUUCAUACCUCAUUAAAAUCUCACUGAAAAUCUGUGUCAUAACGCAGUACCCAUUGGUUAAUAUAUAUGCAGGGCCAUGUUUAGUUGGUCGGUAAGUCCUCUUGAAACUUUUAUAUUAUUCAUCAUUUCAAAUGUUACAGUUUUUUUUUUCCUAGUAGGUGUCAGUUGAGCAGCUGCUAAAACAGCCCUAAUUUCAUCAUUCCAAACCAAAAGUCAAACAAACUAAAAAUUCCUCAUAGGAGCUUUAUUAUUAUUUUUUUAUUUUUUAUUUCAUGCUAUUUCAUUUUCCUAAUGGCAUGCAGUAGUUUAAUCCAUAGCUUCAUUUCCGCCUUUUGCUGUUGCCUUGAUGAAAAAUAACAUUACUGUCAAUAGCGUCAUUUCUAUUGUACGUAUCUUCAUUUUCUCACUGUACCUUUCGUAUUUCUGUCCCUCCUUUUUAGGUAUGUUUUCUCUUUUUUUAGAUUCUCAUCCACUUUAUACGUUGCACUUUUUUUUUUUUUUAAAUAAAUAAAUCGUGAAUAGAUCUUCCUUUGUGCUUCUCUUUUAUUGUUAUGUGGGGAAACAAUCCUGUUGUAUAAACAUAAAUUAGCUUUAAAAAGCAACAGGCGCCACAAACAUGAUUUCCUCACCAAUAGGACCCAGAGAGUAAGGAUGAACAGGAAGUUGUCAAAUGUCUGUAUAUCUUCUACUGGCUCUCCACAAGGAUGUGUUUUAUCACCAUUAUUAUACAUCCUAUACAAAAAUGAUUGUUGUAGCUUUCAUACAAAUAGAUAUAUCAUAAAGUUUGCAGAUGAUUCAGUUAUUGUCAGCCUCCUUGAUGACGAUGAAAAUAGCCAUGGUCCUAUUGUUGAUGAUUUUACUCUGUGGUGUGAAAACGCAUUCCUACACUUUAAUGUCAGUACAACAAAAGAUUUUAGACAAUCCCCCCAGCUCCACAGAACAGUGUUGGCAAGGAUAAAGCUGUGGAGAUCGUAUCUAACUUUAAAUAUCUAGGCACUGUGAUCGACAAUAACCUGAAAUUUACCUGGAAUACCGAAGUGCUGUGCAAGAAAGGCCAGCAACGACUUUUUUGUUUAAGAAAGCUCACCAAAUUUCAAAUCAAUAAGUCCCUGAUGUUGCUGUUUUAUUCUGCUUUUAUUGAAUCGGUCAUAUCUUUUUGUAUUAUUUGUUGGUACAGAUCAGAGAGAAAAAUGCCCUGGACAGGAUAGUAAAGGUGGCAAGCAAGAUUGCAGGUGCGCAGUUCACUAGCUUGAAUCAUAUUUUUAACAAGCAGGUUCUUAAGUUAAGUUAAGAUCAAGUUUCAUCUAGGGUUUCUUUUAUUGGUACUGCACAUUGCACUUUGUUUCUGCAUUUUAUGCACUCUGCUCAUACAAAAAUACCGGUAUGACUGACAUGUGCUUUUUACCUUCUAAAUCGUCUUUAAUGCUUGUUACCUCCUAAAUUGUUUUUUUAAAUAUGUAUUUUCCUUUAUUUUAUUUUCUGAUGUAUGGCAGUGUUUUCAAUGUCUGUGCCUGCUGCAACCCGAUUUGCCCAUUUUGGAACAUAAUAAAGCUGAAGUGAAGUGAAGUGAAGUGAAGUGAAAGACAGUUUCAUGUCGGCUGCCAGCUCACCCACUUAGUUGAAAGAUAACACUGAUUCUUGGAGAAGAUCAAGCCCUGUUCACAACAAAGUACCACUUCAGAUUUAAAGCAGGAAAUAAUGCAGGUACAGUCAACUAAAUAGUCACAAACAACCUCUCAAAUGUGCUCAUAAAAGGUUUAAGAUUUACAGAGUUCAUUGUUUGGAGAACAGACUCCUCAGUGUGCAGCAGGAGUCAUCAGAGCUCCUUCAGAUAGUUUUUCUCAGCAGCUCUGCUCCAGUACUGAGGUUAUUGAUUUUAUCUCCCUCACUGUUGCCUUUCUCCUCCCACACUAAACUGAAAAAUGAUGUAAUGAUAAGAAAACAAGGCAAAAUAAACCGUUCAUUUAUUUUUCUUGCCUGCUGUGGCAGUGCAGCUCCAUUUCUCUGCUGGCUGUGGAAACCAGGGGAUUUUUACUUCUCACACUGAUUCAUCUGUAAAAGGAAACAGUUUGUUUGAUUUGCAUUAUUACUAUUAUCAUAAAAGGAAAAAUAUUUGGGGUUUUCAUACAAAGAAAUCUUUUUGAAUUUAACAGUGGGAGGAGCAGUGGUGGCUGCAGCUUAAGAAGCUCUUGAUUAGAGUUGUUGGGCAGCAGUAGCUCAGGAGGUAGAGCGGUUGUCCAAUGACUGGAAGGUUGGCUGUUCAGUUCCCCCCUAUCACUAGUCUGUCUGUUUUGUCCUUUGGCAAGACACUUACCUUACUCCCAGUUUGUGUCUUCCACUGGUGUAUGAUUGUGAGUGCUGUGAGGUGGUGGUUUCCGUCAGUUAUCCCCAGGGCAGCUGUGACUACUAAGGUAGUUCACCACCACCAGGUUGUGACUGUGUGAGCGAAUGAAUGAUGUAUCCAAUGUGAAGCACUUUUUAAUAAAAGCACCCUAUUAUUAACUAUGUGCUUGAUUUGAUCAAAAAGAUGGUUCUCAUUAGUGCCAGAAUGUUUAUGAACUGAUACUACAGCCUUUGGAUACAAAAAUCUUUCUCCACAACCAGGAAAUCAAUCAGUAACUUCAGACAAAUUAAUUGCCAUUUUUUUUGUUUCAUAAACUAACCAUGCAAUAUCUAUCUUGUGCUUAAAGGCAUUUCUACAGCCUAUAUUCAUUUCAAACCAUAUUUUUAAAGAUCUCCUGCUUUGAGGGUUAGUCAUUAUGCAUGCUAGGAGUACUAGAGCAGUGACCUGCCUCCAUUGAUCACGAAUCAGGAACAAAGUUAAACUCCCCCUCAUGUGUGACCUUUGGAGCCUUUCUUUUAGACUCAUUUAGGGAUGGUUGUUAGUGUUGAUACAAUCUUGCCUGACUAAAUCCUAACUGAAUAAACACCCUUUCUUCCCACAUGUAGCUGUCAACACCACCUCCUCGCACAUCAGUUAUUCAUCAUCGUUUCUCAUAAUCCUGUUUACUGGUCAAAACUGGAUGACAAAUCAUUGAUGAACACCAUGUGUGAUGAAGCAGUGAGCUUUAAGCAUCAUGUUCUUCUUCUUCUGUGGUGGUUUGAGUGUUCAUGAAACAGUCAACAUUAUAAUGGACAGUAGCUGGCACGCUAUGAUGUCCAUAGUGUUUUCAGAAGCAGACAGUCAGAGAUUUAGCUGCUAAGAGGAUGAAAUGCUUCUGCUUUUUUACUCACUGCAGUAACAGAUGAUGAGCCAUGGUCAGACAGCAGUUCUUCUGUUUGAUCUUUUAAAGCAAUGUUUCACUUCCUCCACUGUGUGUGUGUGUGUGUGUGUGUGUGUGUGUGUGUGUGUGUGUGUGUGUGUGUGUGUGUGUGUGUGUGUGUGUGUGUGUGUGUGUGUGUGUGUGUGUGUGUGUGUGUGUGUGUGAGUGUGUGACAGACAACUCCUUUAUUAUGGCUUUUUUUUUUGUUUUGUUUAAUAAGAUUCAAGCACAUCCACUUUUCUCCAUUUGUUCCAUUUCAUUAUCAGUCACUGUUUUUCACAUAUGUAGCACCAGUUCAAAACAAGAACAGAUAUAUUCUGUUUCCUGUUACAUUACUUAUCAAGGCAAAAAGGAUUCCUUGAGUAAUUUCAGUAACUUGAUUUAAAGAAGCUGUUUAUCAGCCUCAAGCCUUCAUUUAAAUCCAGGCUUUACAUGACCCUGUCAUUUGUUUACUGUCCCUGAAUUUGAGCCAAAAACAACUAUCAGACGUUGGCUCUGAAUAGCGUUACAUGCAUAAUAACCUUCAUUUACCAGUAGAGAAACCGAAACAGUUAUCCAGUUAAUUAUUAAAUUUACAUUUCUAUAGUAAUUUAUUUCAGUCAGGAUCGCUUUGUCAAAAUUCUGCUUUAUUGUGCAAAGUUGAAUUUUGUGGCAUAGUUCUGUUCUGGGUCCCUGCCCUUCCACAAGCUUGUGUGAAAACCAGAGGCAGUCCUUCACGAGCCAUCAUGCAUUCGAGGUUCUGUUCGGGGCCCCCCGUUCUCCACACAAACAUGUGUGAAGGGCCAGCUGCAGGUAGAGCACCUUCCCGCCCUUCGAAUUACCUUACACAAGUAAGAUUAAAAAUAUAUAUUCUUAAAUUUUAAUGUGUGAAAGUGUCCUCUAUUAUCUCUGCCAUUUGUAACAAACCAAACCAUGUGAAAAUCAGGUGAAAAUUCAGAGAGUUAUGGUGAAAGAAGUUUGGCAUACCUACCUUCCCCAGUAGAAAUAAAUGAGCUUGGCGGACCCUAUUCAAGAUGGUGGGCACUGAUACGUCAGCUCCAACAGGCAGCGUCAGUCUUUGAAGCAUCUACUUAUGUCUUUGGCUAGGUUAGCUAACACUCUACAGUUCAAGUACACAGCAGCAGGCCAUCAGCGCCACACUCAACAAGAACCUAUUGUGGAAAAAAAGGUAUAGGGAUCAUGAUUAUGGGAUGUAGAGUAAUAAGAAGUGAGACAUGCAUUUAUAUGAUGUGAAUGAACACAGAGAAUGAUAGAGAAGAAAGACAGCAGCUCAGACUGACUAGGAGCUGGUCCAAGCCUGGGCUGACCUGUACCAUCAGCUCUGCCAGAAAGUAAAAUUUUGAGUAGAAAGGGUGUCUGCCUUCUAGCUACUGAUAGAUAGAUGAGUUGUUCUGGCUCUGACUUCUUCCUUUUCGCAGCUUUUGUAACCUGUGGCAACUGUAAUGCUGAAAUCACACAGAAAAGACAAAAGGAAGGAAACUCAAAACACAACUGUGAACAUCACACUUGUUAACUAGCGCUUCAUAUUGUAUGUGUGCAUGUAAGCAUGUGCACGUUUAACAGUGAAUGAUCUCAUACAGAGUGAUCUCAGUGCGUACAUCAUCAGACUGAAACACUAACACCCGCAGAGAAACAGCGCUAAACGUCUGAUUACUGUCAAAAAUUUAAGUUUGAUUGCAGCUUUUUUAGAAAGGCAUAAAACAGCUGUGGCUUAACUGAGUAAGAAACUGAUAAAAAAAAAACUGCCAGCUGGUCAUUAAAACUCUGUUUAAUCAAAUAGCAUUAAGUUUGGAGCAGUGAACUGACUUCUUUAUGAGCCUGAUAAUAGAUGAAUAUAAAACACUUCAUCUUUGUAAAACUUGAGCUCAGUAGUUAAGAGGAAGAAGUUGUUGUUACACAUGAAACAUGUUGUCAUUCAAUCAGCUGUUUUACAAACUGGACCCUAUGUAUUGUAUAAGGAAGCCUGUGGUUCAUAAUCCUAGGUAUUGGUCUUGAAACGGUGUAGUUUUACAGAGUAACCAGAGACUGUCAGGCUGGUUAACUCCUGUUAUCACAUUUAUGUCCUGUAAGACUGAAAACGUUUCCUCUUACCAUAUUAGGAACCAAGUCCAGGAGCUGAGAAUCAGUCUGGGAAAUGAAGGAAAUUUAAAAAUCAAGCAGAAAUAACGUUUGAGGUGAAUAAGUGGACAUACCAGAAACAUCAACUUUAAGCAACAUAAACAGUAUUUAGGGUUUGAUUCAUCGUCGAUUUACCUCUCUCUCUCUCUCUCUCUCUCUCUCUCUCUCUCUCUCUCUCUCAGUCGCUGUAAGGAACUGCAUUUGUAUUUUUACUGACAUCAUGUGGCUGAACUGAUAAUGUGCUGCAUGUAAUUCUCAGAUCAUUACAGCUGUGAUCUAAGCUCUUAAAAACACCAGGCAGAGAGAGUCUCAUUUAUUUCAAUGAAUAAUUUCAGUGACUGUUGUUCUGUUUGUGUGUUUUCCAGAGUAACCAGAAACUGAGCAGCACUCAGUCCAGUCAGCCUUUGUCCACCCCAGUGGUCUCAAUGACAACACCCAGUCUGACCCACCAAAGUCUGGCUUACAUCAGCUCCUCCUACAACAACGGUACUUUAGGAUUAUCAGUGGUCUUAGCAUGAUGCCAUUUUGAAAUGACUGGAUAUAAGUAGGGUACUCCAGAGAGGCUAAGUCUCUUAAAAGUGAUGGAGAAAACAAAACAAAACACUGCUCUAUGAGAGAAUUGAUGAGUGACCUGUUCAAGAGUUUCAGAGUAAUGUAAAAUUAUUGUAAUUUUGGUAUUGGCUCAUCUGCAGAACAUGAUAUCUUAAAAAGAUUUAAAGGACCAAGAGCAAACCUCUGUACUGAAGGACAACCAAAAACUAAACCUGGAUAGCCAUGAUCUUGGCCCCUUAGGCAGCAAAACAUUUAUGACUCUGUAGUGGCAGUCACUGCAUAGGUUCCAUAUUACAUCUCGAAACCAUUGUAUGCCAACACGGCUCGGUGCUGUGUUCUCAAACACCUUACAUUAGUGUUAGUUCAGAUGGGUUUUUUUCUCUGCUUUAAAGUAGAAUAGAAUAGAAUAUUCACUUAUUGAUCCUCCAUGGGGGAAAUUUUUUUGUCACAGCAGCAUCACAGACAAAGUGCAAAAAUGCAGUUAUAAAAAUAAAGAUCGUAAUAUUAAGAACUUAAAUAAAUGUUAUAAUUAAGAAAAAAUUUAGAAAAGGAAAGGGGGAGAAGAAAAAAUAAAACUAUAUACAAUAUACACAAUUUAAGUACCAGAAAAAAGUAGUGGUGACAGUCCAGUUAUUAUUACAGUUCGUUGUAAAGUCUUAUUGCAGAAGGGAGGAAUGAUCUGCGGUAGCGCUCCGUCUUGCAAGGUGGGAGUCUCAGUCUGCUGCUGAUGGAGCUGCCAAAAGCCCCCACAGUCUGGUGCAGUGGGUGAGACGGAUUGUCCAUGAUGGACACAAGCUUUGCUAACAUCCUCCUCUCACCCACCUCCUCCAGGGAGUCCAAAGAGCAGUCCAGGACAGAACAGGCCCUCCUGAUCAGUCUGUUCAGUCUCUUCCUGUCCCUCUCGGUGCUCCCUGCCCCCCAGCAGACCACCGCAUAGAAAAGUGCAGAUGCUACCACAGAGUCAUAGAAAGUGUGUUAGAUAGGAAGCUCUUUUAGACUUUUUACAUGUUUUGCAGAUCAAGAGUAUGAGCAUAUACUAUAUUUAUGAAGAUAAUCACUACUUAAAGUACUUUCUUAUUCUGCAGAAUGCCUGAAGAGCACCAUCACUCUCAGGGUCAAUCUUGUCUUGAGCGAUUGUCACAGAUUUAUAAGGGGCAGCCUGUAUGGAUUGGUUGCAUGAGUCUAAUUCUGUUUGUGUGCUGUGCUGCUCAUGUUACAUGGUAUUGUCCCUCUUUUUAUCAGAUUACUCCCUGAACAGUGCAGACCUGCCAGGCUUCAGCUCCCCUGCAGCCUCCUCUCUGGGCUCCAUGGCGGCAUGGCAACAACAUCAGCUGAGCUCACUAGGGUAAACUGCUCACACAACCUAUUACACUGAUAACAGAUUUUUACAUUCACUGUAUUCAAACAGUCUGCAACACAUAUUUGAUAAUUACAUAUGUAUUAUCUUUUAUUUUUUAAAAAUCAUCUAGAAAAUACACAAACAAAACAAUGUUGGAGUUUCAAAAGUAGUUACAAUUGUAUUGUUGUGAUUGUUUUCUCACUUUUCUGUAUUUUGCUGGCUAUAUCUAGUGUAUUGGAUUUUAGAUCUAUCAUGUGCACUUUUUCUUUUGUGAAAGGAAGAGUGUCACAGAGCAACCAUCAUUCACUCACUGCUAAAUCAAGUGUAAAAGGAUCAUUUCGCUAAAAAAAAAUCAUAAUUUUUCACAUUGCAUAUAAUGAUAUAUAUUCAUGUAUCAGGUCAAAUCAUCUUUAUUGAGAAGAUUAAAAAUAAACACAAAUACUGAGUGGAGCACUUCACAGAAAAAAUACAGAUGACAUAAGCAUGAUCAAAAAUAAACACAUGAACUAAGAGGAUUUCAAAGCAAUUGAGGUAAAAGACAUUUCACAAACAGCAUUGCAUAAACAAAAAACUGAAUUACAAGUUUAGUGUGACGAACAGAGAGCAGUGAUGGCUCAGGAGUUCUGAGAAGAUUGGAGAAGUAUUACAGUUCAAACAUUUCUGAGUUUCAUGGGAAGAUUCAGACCAUGCAGUGCUUUACCAAUUUGAAUCAGAUCAUGAUUUAGAUCAAAUAUUGACUCGUGCAUGAACAACAUGCGUGGCCCAGAGAGGCUCGAAAGACGCUGUCUCUAAGACAACAACCCUGAAGUCAAAGCAGACACAUAAAUCCCUGUCCACUUUCUAGCAUCUUCAGUUUGUAUGUGGAUGAUGUGAGGUCAGAGCUGACAUGAAGGUGGGUAGAUUCAGGGUUUCAGACCUGAACAUUAAUUCUCGUGAGGUGUCAUGAGCUGAACUUCAUUAAAACACCAGAAAAGGGUGGCACCUAUGAUAACCCCAGUGAAACUGUGGCUCUCACUUCCCACCUGUCUCCAUCUUUUUCAUGGUUGAAUGAUGGGGGACUUUGGGGGCUGUGUGAUUGGCUACACAGCUUAUCAACAGGGAAUGAGGGUGUAAAGGGAUGGGUUUAAUCACUGAUUAUUUAUCUUUUUCAUCAGAGCAGACAAACUUUAUGUUAAAGAGAAAUGUAAGAGAGAAGCCAAGAGCAGAAAUCAUCUCUUUAGCCCACAGAUGUUUGUUUCACCACUAGGUGGUGACAUUCCUCCACAUUUAUAACUGUUAUCAUGUCCCUCCUCCUCCUCCUCCCCCUUCUCAUGUCUCUGUCUGCAGUUCUGGGAGCUCCAUCAACACCAACCACAACAUCAACAUCAAAGCCGAGCCCAUCUCCCCUCCCCGAGACCAAUUUAGCCAAUCCAGCUACAUGACCCAGGCUCACGCCCCUCCUCAUCAUCACACCUCUUCAUCCAGCAGAGCAGAGUUGGGAAGGUCUCCUGCAGACAGCAUCAGCUCAUCCUGCAGCUCCAAUGAGGGCGGUAGUGAGCGUGAGGAGCAGCAGCAGCGGGCAGAUUUCCACCCGCUCCCUGUGAGCCGCUCUGAGGGGAGGCAGAGCCCGACGGUCAAACGCAUGAGAAUUGACAGCUGGGUGACAUAAACACAUAGGUCACAUGACCACACCACACCAAGAUAACACAGAAUGGACACUGAUAUGCAAAUAAGUUGUGUAUUUUAUUGAUGUGUUCAGUUUUUUUUUUCCAUCAAGCUGUCUCUAAGGUUCCGACUCUGUUUUUUUUUUCAGAAAAUCUUCACAGGUACCCCCCCCCCCCAAAAAAAAAAAAUUCCAUCCUUUUUUUAACAUAAACCAUUUGACCAACACAGAUGAUAACAAGGGUCCAAUUGCAGUACAAUCAGUCAUUUUCUCAUCAGAUGCAGUCCAAAGGUCCAUAAAGAUGAGACUGGUCUUGUCCGUCAGUCUUGCUGCUUCAUAACUGGGGUUGAAAGCAGUGAAGUGUUACUGAAUGUCUCCCACGAGCAGAAGUGGACAAACUACACUGAGUCUCUACUUCAGUAUAAGUUCAGAUAAAUGAGCAGAAAAAGACUUAAAGUCCAGGUUUUGCUUUUAACUUGAGUUUGAAUUACACAGACACUGAAAUGCUCUGGCUGUACAGAGUGAAAAGUUUAUUCAUACAUGCUGUCUCUGUGUAAAGCUCAUUCAAGCUUUUGUUUUUUCUGUCUUUGAAAGAUGAAUUAAUAUUAUUUAAAUACAAAAAUAUUGAAUGGAAUAACCAACUAUUAAUUUAAGGUUAAUUCCCCUGUAUGAUCAAGUACCAGUAAAUUCACUUUUGGGGUUAAUGUUCCACUUCUCUCUGUUUCAUCUGGAUCUGACCUCCUCAGAGUUCUUUCCUGCUGCAUCCCAAUCAUUUUACUAUGUUCGAGCUGUUCCCAAACACCAAGUAUUCCACUAUGCUUUAGCGUUUUUCAGCUCUAAGUGGUCUUGCAAGCAUAAAUGGAGAAAGUAAAACUGUUAAACGCAAAUGUUAUAGAGCCAAUUUUGAACAUUUUAGGGGGAUCGCUUUAAAAAUAGGAUGUCAAAGUAAGGAGAUGUUAAGAAAAAUAACCUGAAAUCGAAGCUGUACUGCAGUAGCUCAGUUUUUGUACUUUCAUACUCUCCACCUCUGCUCUUUGGGUGUCAUCAGAUCAUUUCUAAUCUUCUCAGGGUUUGAAACGUUGAUCAAGUCUAUCAUGAAAGCAAUACUCCCUCCACACGAUCCCUGCUCCUCCUCCUCCUCCUCCUUUUAAAAACACUUAUUUAUAUCAGCCAAAGCAGUAUGCUGUUUUAUGUUGUGUGUGUGCGUGUGUGUUUUUUUUAUAUUGUGCACAGAGUAAGAAACUGUUUCACUCAGAUAUAAAACUGAAAGCCAUGGACACUUGUUCUGUACGUUUUACCCAAAUAUGUUGUACUUGUUUUGUAUAUACUAUCUUUAAUAUAUAUAUAUAUAUAUCACUUUUGGUGUAACUAAA